CUGGGAUCGGCUGCUGCUGUCUGCUCUCCCUCAGGCGGCCCGAGCGACAUGUUAGGAGGGGAGCGGGCGGCGGCGGAGGUGGCGGGACCCAGCGAGGAGACGAGCAGCCCGCCACAGAGAGCCAGGACGGCUGGCACGGGCAGCGAGUGACGGACUGAGCGAGCACAGCCGGCCCAGCCCCCCCCCGAACCGACCCGGGACAGACAGACAGACAGACAGAGAGCCAGGGGGGAAUCACAGGACGGUGACGGUGCUCUGGGCCGGGACAAGAUGGCGGCGGCGGCCGGAGCGAGCUGAGCAUGCAGAGGGGCCCCGCUCACUGCCUGACAUGUCCGGCACAGCCCUGCACGCUGCACCUCCUCCUGCUCUAUGAAGGUAAACAACCACAACAACAACGGCUGGACUGCCACUCCCAGCACCCGGGGGACAGAGGGAGAGGGGGCUGGCUGGACUGCCACUCCCAGCACGCUCAGCCCCCGGGGAGAGAGGGCUGGCUGGACUGCCACUCCCAGCACUCACAGCCUCCGGGGGACAGAGGGAGGGGGCUGGCUGGACUGCCACUCGCAGCACGUUCAGCCCCGGGGAGGGAGGCUGGCUGAGCGUGAUCCCACUCGGUAUAGCUGUAUCUGGAAAUACGAGUGCAGCUGCUUAUUCCUUGUGACAUUAUAGGGAGGGAAGGGGGGGGUUUAAUAUUGGGGUACGGGGGGGGGGGGGGUAUAACGCUUGAUACGUUAUGUUAUUGUGGUAGUUUUACAACACUAGACAGGACACUUUGUUUGGUGAAGGUUUGUGUCAGUAAAUUACAUUUGGUAGAACAAGAAGAAAGGGGUGAGAACCAAGGAGGGUAGGAAUAGUUAUUUAUUGCUGGUUUAUAGUAUGGGGGUAUAUUGUGGGAUGAGCACCAAGGAGGGUAGGAAUAGUUAUUUAUUGCUGGGGUAUAUUGUGGGAUGAACACCAAGGAGGGUAGGAAUAGUUAUUUAUUGAUGGGUUAUAGUAUGGGGGUAUAUUGUGGGAUGAGCACCAAGGAGGGUAGGAAUAGUUAUUGCUGGUUUAUAGUAUGGGGGUAUAUUGUGGGAUGAGCACCAAGGUGGGUAGGAAUAGUUAUUGCUGGGUUAUAGUAUGGGGGUAUAUUGUGGGAUGAACACCAAGGAGGGUAGGAAUAGUUAUUUAUUGCUGGGUUAUAGUAUGGGGAUAUAUUGUGGGAUGAGCACCAAGGUGGGUAGGAAUAGUUAUUGCUGGUUUAUAGUAUGGGGAUAUAUUGUGGGAUGAACACCAAGGAGGGUAGGAAUAGUUAUUGCUGGGUUAUAGUAUGGGGGUAUAUUGUGGGAUGAACACCAAGGAGGGUAGGAAUAGUUAUUUAUUGCUGGGUUAUAGUAUGGGGAUAUAUUGUGGGAUGAGCACCAAGGUGGGUAGGAAUAGUUAUUGCUGGUUUAUAGUAUGGGGGUAUAUUGUGGGAUGAACACCAAGGAGGGUAGGAAUAGUUAUUGCUGGGUUAUAGUAUGGGGGUAUAUUGUGGGAUGAACACCAAGGAGGGUAGGAAUAGUUAUUGCUGGGUUAUAGUAUGGGGAUAUAUUGACAGUGGUGAGAACCAAGGAGGGUUCGAAUAGCUAUUUAUUGCUGGGUUAUAGUAUUGGGGUAUAUUGACAGUGGUAUAUUGUGGGGUGAGGGGCAGAGGAAAGCCAGUUUGCGUUAAGAAGGGUUUGUAUUCUGAUGUAGAAGUAAUUUGUGAGGAAGAUGGUGGUGAGAGGCAUAGCCUGCCUCAAGGAGAGGAUAAGGGGACUCAGGACAGAUUUAAAUGAAUACUGUUUGGGCUUUUCUUCUUAUCAUUAUGUAUAGUGUGCCACUUGUUUCCCUUAGUGCAAUACAAUGGGUUCAUAAUACGUUCACAAACAGUAAACAAGUUUGACAUCCAAAGGGAGAAGUAGUGUGGGUUAUUGUGUGCGAUGUGUGGAGAGCAGAGAACCUUUAUGCGAUAUUGUAAGAGAGGCUGCAGUAUUGUUGUUGAAGAUAAACCGUACUAAAGCCUGCCAUGAGUGCCAGGGGACCAGGACGCUAUUGGAAGAGGUAUGGCACAGUUUCCAAAUAAGUGGGAUUAUUACAGUGUUGGCUGUCUUUCUGAGGAGACUGUAAUGGCAGCAGUUUAAUGUUUGUGAAUCACGAAGGGUGAGGUCCCUUGGAUCAGGAUAAAGAAUAGAAAUGUUUCAGUAGAGGUAUUCCAGAAAAAGCUUUCCUGUUAAGUAUCCACAUCUCACUAAUACGUACCCCGUGUAUCAACACUUUUAUCAAAUUAAACUGCUGAAAACAUAGAAAAAAAAUUUCUGAGUACAUGCAUCACAUGCCAUGAAACUUGGAAGGCACAAUUUGUUAGUGGUUGAGAAUGUACAGACACACAGCGAGUAAAAGCCAUAAUGUGGCAUUUGUAGUGUUUUAUAGUUUGCUUCAUUCAUAUUGUUUAUUAUAUGUAAUGUACUGCUGUUGUCAAGUGGAGUGGAUCUUGAUUUUGUAUCUUUUGUUGUGGUGUGUAAAAGCUCAUGCAUUUGUUGGAAAUACAGAUUUCUCUGGACAAUAAUGCGUUAAUCUGUUAAGUAAUAUUCAGUUUAGCUAUGAAAUACAUCAUAACUAAUGAAAGUAACACUUUUUAGUUUCUCUCCUGGUUUCCCUGUUUUUGAAACUCUAUUAGAGUACUUAUUACUAUAACAUGUAUAACACGUAUCAUUCGUAGUCUUUACUUGUGCUAGUAUGCAUAGUCAAUGAAAUGUCAGUAUAAGAAAAUCACCCUACCACAGAAACCACAAUAGAAAUCUAUUUGGAACCUUUCUGAUUGGAUCAAUUUUCCUCUCUCUCAUGGCUAGGUUUGUGUCAACAUGUUGAGGCCUGAUGUGUUCAUACGGGGUGGAGAUUGAGAGGGCGUGAUGGAGGUGUCAGCUCAGGACUGCUGAGACCAUCACAUUCCACAGUGUUCUGGGGCUCUAAUCAUUCACACAGGGAGGCUGGUAGUGCAAAGCCUGGAAAGGAUAUCACAUGGAGAGACUAUCAAGCUUAGACACAUACUCAUCAUUUCUACAUAUCCUAAAGCCCCCUCUUAAUCACGUCCCACUUUUCUAUCAUCGCUCGCAGAUCCCUAUUUUUUUUUUUUUUUUAUUGCUUUCCUCUUUAUAAAAGCUUUAAACUAUAUUAAACCUUAUUCAUGUCCAUCAGGCGUUCAUCUCUUAGCAUUGAACGCUGAAAACCUAACAAUUUUCAAGACUUUUAUAUUUUGCUCUUUAUAUGCUUCUACCUGAUUAAUAUCCACUUUACACUAUUUUUGGCCACUGUCAUCAAAUUCUUCAAAAUUGUUAUUGAAAUUUCCUUGAGUCUGCUUCAUUAUUAUCCUUUUUCCAACUCAUUAUUUUCAUAGAUUUGUUUUCCUUGCGUACAAUGUAACUAUAUUCCUUCAUUUAUUUUCCCAGCUAUGCCUUAACAUUCAUAUGUAGGCUACCUUUUACUCCCCCGACAUUUUGCACAAAUGGGUAUUGUACAAACACACUCCUCUUUAGCAUUUGAGCUUGUGUAUAAUACUUCACAAGAUGAGAAGAGCGGAUCCAACAGACGUCAAAGGUUUUUGAACGUGUGUGUUGGCAGGAUUCUAUUUGUUUUUCUGUCUUGGGCAGUUAUGGGAGAGUUAGUGUAGUACAAGUUAAUUACUAGGACCCUUUUUUGUUUUUUUUUUAUCUCUUCUGUUUUAACCCCAUGUGAAGUUCUUGGGGGAAGGGCUGUAAAAUGAUAAGAUAGAAACAUUCUUUGAAGUGAGGAGUAAGAGGGUAUAGGGCCUAAGUUAAUUUGAAGGUCAAAAGACAAUCGGUAUAAGUAUGUAAGUUUUUUUUUGUGUUACUUAAUGUCAGACAUUUUGACUUUAAUUCGUACAGCUGUUUUUCUUAGAGCUUCUGGUUUUGGGAUUGAAAAAAAUGUUUGCUUUUCCCAAAGCAUUUGAAAUGUUAUGUAAAUGAAUCAUUAGAUGAGUAUGUCUUGCUUUUACAUUUUAUAUUGCUUGAUUCAUCUAAUCUGUUUAAGUCUAUAAAUUAAGUGUAAACUUGUUUCUCCAGAGCAACAUUACUCUGCUGUAAAGCCAUAGAUACAUCUUUGGGUUUAUUUUUGAGGAGUUGCUGAAUUUGAAGAUCUGUUUCUGUUUUGGCCUUAAAUUUUAACUCUUGUGAUUUUUGUUUUUUUCCCAUUAGAGUGGGUGAUGCCUUACACUUUUGUUAACAAAUGUUCAGGUCACUGGUCUGAGAUUUGUUUUGGUUUUACACUUAACCAUUUAUUGUAAAAUUCAUUUGACACUCCUGUAUACCUUUUUUAACCUGUUGAUUGUCACUUAAGUGGGCUUUUUUCAUGUUCUUAUUUUUUUCCCAUCACCACACAAGAGCUAAUGCAUUUACAAAAAUGGAAAAAUAUGCCCCUACUUAAAUGUUGUAAUCUUUAAGCCGUAACAGGAAGCAAAAAAAUAAAAAUGUGAGUGGCACAGAUCCUCUUGAAUAGAUUUUGUAAAGCUUUCUGGCAUGUCUAAAUUUAUACAUUUUUUUUUUUUUUUGAAAGCAGUUUUAUUGUAUCAGAUUUUUGUUUUAGUAGUGUCUGUUUCUACAGCCUUCUCUUGAAAAUACUAUAGCCCAUACUAUUAAACAUUUGGACAGUGCUGCCUUAGGUUAAACAGUUGAGUAGUGCAGCCUGGAAUCAGAGAGGUUCAAUGCCCUUAUCACAACAUGGCCUGACUCCUUUCCUUUUCCUUGUAUGAGAAUUGGAAUGUUAACCUACAGACAGACACUGUGAAAGCCCCAUGGGAGUGGCUGAAGCUUUUAUUUAGUGACUUAAUUAUGGUUGCACUACACUUGUUUUCAAUUCAAGUACAGUAAAUUGUGAUGACUAGGCCCAUUGAGACCAUUAGAGCUUGAUUUACAAUAAAGGUUUCUUUGGUGACAUCUGAUAAAACCCAAUUUUAGUUGUUUUCAUGUCAAUAUUUAUAUGUGGUAUUUGUUUAUGAUCAGGCCUGUAUGUUCGUCUGAUCUUAAGAUCCUACUGGCUUUCUUACUUUUCUUGUUUAUAAGGAUUCUACAAAGUAACCAAUAUUGAUUUCUUAUUGUUAUUAAAUAUAUUAUUUAACCUUUUUUCUUUGCUAGAGUACUGUCCAGUAUACAAAGCAUAAUGCUUAUUUAUUUCAUAUGGAAAUAGUUAAAAAAGUAGGCCACUAUAAAAUAGUAAUAUUUGUUUUCUAAGCUUUGUGCGAAGCUAUCCUCCUUGCAGGGAUCUCUCCUCUCUCUUCCUCCUAGCUCUUACUGCAGCAGGCUGAAAAAAAGCCAAAACACUGUACCUUUAGGUUCAACUAAAGGGAUUUGUUCUGGACCAUAACCACUACAGCACAAUUCAAUAGUGUCAUAAUUCCCCUUGCUCUGUCUGCUAAACUGUCAUAUGUUUACAAAUGGUUUGACACUUAUCUGACUUUGUCAGACAUCCACUUUCCUUCCGGUCUAUGCUGAUAUAUUAAAGGGGAAUUUUAUACUUAUUCUUUUGUUUAAAGCCAAUGUAAGGGUUGUGGUGCUGCUUAGUGUCCCCUUUAAAUUUGUUGCAAGGGAAGCUAUGCUUAACUUUGGGUUUCACUUCUCCAGUAACUCAAAAAUGACAAGCUGGAUUUGUAAUAGGACACUAAUGUUUAUUAUAAAGUACUUUAUGAACCUAACUGAGCAAGCCUAGUUAAUUGUUGUGGUUUCCACUUUAGUUAUUCAAUUAAUUUUAAAGCAACACUAUAUAGUGUCAGGAAUACAAAUGUGUAUUCCUCCUGACAUUUAUAGUGCUAGUGUGGCAGUUUAGGAUUCUGCUCCCCCUCCCCCCCAGGUCAGAGCGGUGAAAAGGUGAUUUUUCUCCCUUUUUUCUAUCACGCUGUGGCUGGCCCCACCUCUAUGGCUGAGAUCAUUCAACUUUAUGGAAAGCAUUGAGAGGCUGCUGCACAUGCGCAGACAAAUGUCUCACUAUGCCAAUCAGCAUUUCCUCAUGGAUAUACAUAUAGACCAGAUAUAGGCAACCUACGGCACGUGUGCCAUGCAUGGCACUUGAGGUGCCUUUGCAUGGCACUCAAGGCUGGUAGAGCCAAACUGGUUUUAGACCUCAGAAAUCUGUGUGGCUUCAGAUAUCUGCUAGUACAAAAAGGCAGUUAGGGACAAUCCUUAAUUUAUGCAUUACAGCACUUAGAAAAAAUAAUCUCAGAAAACUUACUCUGAGAACUUGUGAACAAGAUAUUCACCCACACCUCUAGACAUAUGCAGAGCUGAAGAAUCAGCCUUUACCUUCUACAAAAAAUACAACCCACAAACACAACACUACUGACAAUCCACAUACACAACCACACAAACAGCCCCUCCCAUGCAUACACCAAACACACUAUGUGACAUAUCCACACCCACACAAUUUCACAAAAAGCCACCAUACACAGCUCACAUUCACAGGUAUAAUACAAUACUACAAACUACUCAUGGAUAUCUAUUCAAUACAACAACCCACAUACGUAACACUACAAAUUCUUUUGUAAAUUCUUAACACUACAAAUUAACUACAGCACUCAUAAAUAACACAAGCAGACUAUUUAAACAUACACACCUCAAUUUAAAAAGAUAAAAAUAUAUAGGGUCGGCACACCAAGGGACUUCAAGAUCUUAUUUUGGCAUUGUUCUACUAAAAGGUUGCCUAGCCCUGAUAUAGACCCUGAAGGUAGGUGCUGCACAUCGUGCAGUACUGACACAGGAAGUACUUCUAAUGCCCGUCUGAGUAUCUGCCACUGGAAGUGUUCCUAGACACCAAUGUAAAUACUACCUUUUCUCUCAAAGGACAGUGUUUACAUUAAAAAGCCUGCUGGGACAGGCUAUAGACACCAGAAAAACUACAUUAAGCUCUUGAUUAGUGGACUUAUAGAGGGGCCACUCGAAGCCUUUAGUAGCAUGCCUUUUGGUACUAACUUUGCUUCAAUAACCGCAGGGGUUUUCUUGUCAUGAGGUUUUUAUCAUUACUUUAAAUGACUUUCUAUCACGUGUACUGUAGUGGACAAUAAUGGAUAUUCAAAUUAUAAAACACUAGCAGGGAGAAACUGUCAGUUUGUUUGGGCAGUUGUACUUUUUAGAGACACAUGCUCGUACAUACACAAUGAAUGAGUUCUUGCUGAGAAACACGUGUGGGCUGUAAAUCUAAAAAGUGACCAUGCAGCUUGUGUUCAUUUCCAUAUCAUACUUGGCACUCUGGCAGAGUUGUCGUAACAGACUUUCUGUUCACAAUUGGUGUGUGUGUGUGUGUGGGGCAGGUUUUUUUUUUUGUUUUGUUAUUGCUCAGUAUAUUCGAGAAUUUUCUUAAAGGAACACUUCACCUUAAUAGUGAUUUUAGUGUAUAAAUGUCUUUUAAAAAAUAUUUUGGAACAGUGUAAAGUUGCUGUCUGAAGGCAAUGUUUACAGAUCUCUGAAAACACAACUUUAGUGGGUGCCAGAUGGACAGUCUCUUAAUGACUUUUCAUUUUAAGACUUUCAAAAAAAGGAAGGUUUUCAUGUUUGGCAGAAUCAGGCCCAUCAUGAUGACGCUGAAUGUAUCCACUGUCUUUGAGAGAGAAGCAUUAUAUCCAGUACUUUGACUGGUGGCACAUUGUGUUCCUAUGAGUAGGCCCAAUAUCCCCAAUGCUUUUCAGUAUUGAAGUGAAUAAAAGCCAUCAUUUAUGAUGCCUUCACGGAAGGGAAGGGUAAGUGUAAAAAAUAAAUAAUAAAUCUGGCUGGGAGGACAGUAAUCUACACAUCAGGAACUUCUAAGAUAUAAAGAUAAAAAAAAAUACGAUGUAACAUUUGUUAUUGUGCUGUAGUAGUGAUGUCCAGUUACAGAUCAGUUGCUCAGUGACUGCAACUCAGUGUUUAUCAUUUUGGCAGUUUAUUACAGCAUAGGACAAUUUGCAUGACACAUUUUAUUUGUAAGCUUUUUAAAUUAAUUUUUUGCAUGCAUCUCCAUUUAAAGGACCACUAUAGUCACCCAGACCACUAUAGUCACCCAGACCACUAUAGUCACCCAACCCCUCAGAUGUAAACAUAGCAGUGUCAGAGAAACUGCUAUGUUUACAUUGCAGGGUUAAGCCAGCCUCUUGUGGUUGUCUUCCUGACAGCCGCUAGAGGCGCUUCCCCGACGCUCAGUGUGAAAAUCGCAUUGAGAAAUUGGCUGCGCAUUCGGCUUCACUCGGGUGCUGACGUCGGGCUGGGAGGAGAGGUCACCAGCAUCGAGGGAGCCCAUCGCUAGAUAAUGGUAAGUGGCUGUAGGGGUUUAACCCCUUCAGCCCUGAGAGUGGGGGGGACCUAAGGAUUAUAUAGUGCCAGGAAAAGGAGAUCCUUUCACUUUGCAAUGCUUACAAUACAUGAAGCUUCAUGUAGAUGGUAGAUAAUGCCUUUUAUCAAAACUCUUAAGGUGACCAGAUAUACUGACCUACUUGUUUGCCAAGGAAUGUCAUUGCACAUUAUUCUUGAGUUGUGGUCUGCGAUUAAGGACAGAGGCAUUCUUUCAUUUCUGGGAAAUUCUCAUAGUCAUAUGGAAGUUUUCAUCACACAGUAAACAAAGCCGAUUUAAAAACAAACCAAAAAGCUGAUAUAUGGGAUUGUUCUUUAAAAAAGUUGUGGUGGGUUUACCGUCCCAUUUAGGCCAAAAUACAAAAGGGGGGGGGGAAUCUUUGAAUCUUAGGCACACAUUUAUUUUCUCCCUCAACUUUAAUUUUGUCUUAUUACAGUUUAAGAAAUUAAACUAGUGUUUAAGAAAUCAAUUUUUCUGUUAUCACAUUUUCUAAUAUCGUACACAGUGAACUCCUCCUCUUCACAGUUAAUGAGCUAGAACAGUAGAGGAGGCAGUCGUCUGCUGCCCUAUAACUUCAGCUAAGGUAUCCAUUUACUGGUGGAUUUCAGCCUGUGGGAUCACUGCUAUAUCCCACCAGCCUGACAUCACAGCUGCAAUUCUCUCAGUCUAUACUUUAGGUUCUAAUCUUUUUUUUUUUUUUUUCAGGGACCCAGUUUAUAUAUGGCAUUUGAUUGUAGACCCAUUCUUCAAUUGAAGUUCAAUUGAUUAGCUAUGUGACUCAUUCUUCAAGAGUUAUGAGCUGGGUUUAAUAAGAUGUCUUUGGUUCUUAGCUACAAGCGCACACGGCAAGGGGAGGAAGCAAGGAGAACAGAGGAGGAUGCCAAAGAAGGGUGGAGGUACAGUGAGCCAUGUGGACGCACACCCCACAUGCUCACUUCCAUCUGUAGAGCUAGCGGAUGAGAAACUCCAUGGUUAUUUGAUAGCUGGGGAUGCUUUUCUUUAUUAAAAUGCCUAUCUCUCAAAUCCAGAAUAAAGUGCAAUUAACAUGGGAAGGUUGUUAACCAUAAAACACUUCAGCAAGUUGCAGUGUUUUGUGGGUGUGGAGUGGUUCUUUAAUUGCGUGGUGAAUUGUAGAAUAUUGCAACUUCAUUUUGAUAGACCCAGAUAAACUACUGCAUAAGGUAGUUUUGCAUAACUUAUGUAAAGAUGUAGCUUAGUAGGGAAUAUUUUGUAUUUAUUUUUUUCAUUUAGAGUUUUUUUUUUACUUUUGGCUUUAAAAAAAAAAAAAGUCAUUAAAAACCUCUGAGUGAAUGAAAGGCUGUUUUGGUUUCAUUACUUUUCAAAGCUGUAUAAAGGGUUUCUGCGAGAAUCUCUGUGUCAAGCUUAGCCUGUCCUACUACCUAAUACAGACGCACAAGCUUUUGGUUUGGGUUCAAUUGACCCUUUAAUGGCAUUUCUCAUGGAAAUGCUUUAGUAAACUCUGUGUGUAAAGAAAACCUUUAUUGGCGUCAUUGUUCCAUGAGAAAAAAAACAUGUUUACUCUUCUUUAGACUUUGAGUUCUCCUAUUCUUGGAAUUAACUUGUUGCCUGGACUUUGAAACUCUGUCUUCAAUUCAAUAUGGUAUUUUUACCAGCUUUUUACUGUGUUGCAAAAUAUACAAUUAUAAUCACCUAUUAAAUAAUAGACAUUAUUUUAUUAAUCUAUGUAUUAUAAGUGUAAGAUCCCAAAGGUGCUUUUAACAUAUAAAAAAAGCUCUCUUUAAAAAAUAAAUUAAUAAAAAAAAAAGUCAAAAGAAAUAUAAAACAUAAUCAGGAAGAACUCACCUUGCUGUCAUAUGGGUGAGGCAUAGGUUUGGUUGCUUAGUAGAGAUAAAUGAGUCUCUACAUGCAAGGGUUUCACAUCAAUGAAACUUCUAGAAAGUCCUGUGCUAGUAAUGCACAAUAGCAAACGGACAAUACCAUGCAAGUAACCCUAGAGUGCCACACUACUGCAUAGAAUCUUAUUCAUUGUGAAUGGAAAAAAGCUAUUUUUGAUUGCCAUUUAAUUGGGACAUAUUUUUUUUUUUUUUCUGUGUGUGUGUUUGUAAUUUCACUUACUAGUGACUUAAACAUUUGUGCUUUAUUUGACCUGAGAAUUCUUGGUCAGUUUGUUAAGAAACAAACAUCAGUGUUGUUAAAACCACACAUUGUAUAUGUUUAGGGAGGAAGAUUUAGCAACACCACAAUGCAUUUAUAGUAGCCUUUCAUUGUACUAUAUCAGAAUCCAAUGCAGGUUUGUAGAAUUUAGGAUCAAGUGAGACAUAUUUAGAUACCAAACCAAGAAAUAUAUAAAAAUAGUUGGGUGUCAAUGCUAACAUUUUGAAGCCUUGCAGUGUAUGGUUUGGUUGGAAAGUGCAUUAUUUUUUAAUUGUCCAUUUAGUCAUAUGUUUUGAUUUUAUUUCCUUUCUUUUUCACAUUAAUUUUACAUAACUGACACACUCACUUUUUCAUUGCUAUCUAUGUACCUAAUAAGCUUGUGCACACACACAUACACACACGUCCCUUUAUACAUGCUGAGAUAUACACACCGACCUUUAUAUAUACAUUUGCACACAGCCAUAGAACUGUAUAAAUAGGCACAUAAACUUUUAUACAUAGAAACAUGCAUUCACACAUGAAUGUUUUAAAUGCGCAGAGAUGUGCGUAUACCAUUCUUCCCCACCUUCUACCUUUACAUACCUUGACAGUCCUAUACACUUCACUUCCUUUCAGGUGCACUCCCUCUCAUACACGAUGAUUACUUUCAGAGACUAUUUAUAUACAUUUCAGCCUUUGUGCAUAUCUAGAGAUCUUCAAUCAAAGGUGCAAUAAGAUUCUUAUAUAUUUACAACAUUCCCAUAUAUACACAAAAAAUCUUGUCCAAUUUAGCUAUUUUAGUCUAGAUUUUGCAGGUUUUUUUGUGGUUUUUUUUUUUUGGAUUACAAGAAAAUAGUUUAGACAAUGUCCUUUUUUAAUUUAUUUUUUUAGUUUUGAUGCUUAGAAGUGAUAUUAGCUUUGGUAGGCUCUUUGUCCUAUUAAAGCAGUUCAGACAGUGCUGGAGAUGUGGUUCAUUUUGUAGCAGGUGUGCAUCUGAUCCUUUUUUACGUUCUUUUAGCUCUCCACUCUAGAAGUGCUGUUGAUGGUUAACUUCUCAUGAGCCUCCCAGUAUUGGGAAAUAUAAACAGUGUAUACAUGACCAGACAUUUGUAUUUUAACCUUACAGUGUUCCUUUUGAAUUUUGCUUGCUUUAUUAAUUUAUCUUGUUUUAGCUGUAUAUGAAGUUGCAUUCUUGUGUGAUUGUUCUUUGCCAAAACAGACCCCCCCCCCUUUUAUUUUUCCCCUUUUCUUUUCCUGAGGCAUUUUAAAGCAGCAUUAUGCGUCUUGUUGAUGAGUGUACAUGCUGGUACACCAAAAUGGCCCUAGGAAAAAAAAUACAUUUACAUCUGUGCUACAGCCAGCUUCCGUACUAAUUGUCUUUGUUGCAGUAACCCUUAAAUCUGAUUUAUAAAUUUACUCUUUCUAAGAAGUUAAACAACCAAGCUAUCCAGAUUAUAACUCCCAUAAUCCUGUGCUUGUCUCCAACAUUUCCUGAAGCUAGCUAGUUCAUUAGCAGAUGGUAUGGCUGUGCAGCUUAGAUGUGGUCAUAAAUUUGCUAAGAUUUUAAUUAUUCAGUUUGAAAACGGCUUUUAAAAUUAAUAGUGAUGCAAUUUUUAGCCUCUUAGUAGAAUGAUUUCAUAGACUUAUUUGCGUUUUAUUUAUAUAUAUGUGUGUGUGUGUGUGUGUGUGUGUGUGUGUGUGUGUGUAUAUAUAUACAGACACAUACACACACACACAUAAAUAUAUACACACAAAUAAAACCGCAAUAGUGUACACUGUAAAUAUGUGUAAAACACAAUACUCACAUGCUUAAGUGCAAAGUACGGUUUGCUCAUUCCAAUACGCUUAGGUGGUAUCAUCCCCUCCCAGGAUAUGUAGCCCAAGGUUCCAGCAGCAGCAGAAACAGGUACAAUAGAACAGUACUUUAAUGUUAAAAAAACAAUAAAAAAUAGAUAAAACAGUAUGACUAGUACACGCGUUUCACCUAAACAUAGGCUUUCUCAAGUGUUUACAGGAUGUAUGUAAAAGCAGGGAGUAUAUUGAGUAGGUUCAGUAGGAUCACUAACAUUGUACUGAAUAAUAUAAAAUUAUAGAGUGCACAUCUUAUCUUAUCUUGUAUUGUUCAGCUGGGUUGCAUGUCAGAAAAGCGGUAAGAUAUUUAGUAUAAGUAUGUUUUUAAGUUAUUUUCAAGGUAUUUCCAAUCAGUUUUGGCAAAGAGUCCUCUAGAGUUGGCUUCCUCUUUGUCCACACCCUGGGAAGUUCACCAAUUAGAUUUUCCUUUUUGCUUCCUUGUUUCUUUGUGAGCUUAGCUGCUUAAAAAAUGACAAGCAUGCAGUGCCUUAAAUGGGUGAAAACAUUCAAACGUGAAUUCCUUUACUGACAAAACCCCUUUAAAACAAAUAGAUUGCUGAAACGGAACUGCUUUUAAUUUAUUUACUUUAGGAUAGACUUAAAGUGUUUUAAAAAUAGACACAUAAACAUGCAUCCUGUGUUCCUCUUUAAAUUUAAAUUACGGUAAGUGAGCAUCAUGAAUGGUUGUUACAUGUUGCUUUGUUGAGAACAAACUGCAGAAGCAGCAAAGAUAUUUGGCACAUGCAGGAAUGUCUAAUGUAUCUUUAUUUUUAAUUCCUUUUUACCUGUAUGUUUAAUGCAUUAAAAGAAAUGGUUAAGUGGAGUAGUGUAUUUGACAAUGGUAUGGUAAAUGGAGUAUGUCAUGCAUAGCUUGACUGUGCACCAUUUUAAUCUGAAAAUAUAUUUGUUUAUACAAAGUUAUUUGGAGAUCUGGCUUUUACCUGACCCCUUUAUCCAGACAUAGAAGCUCAGGUGGAUUAACAGAUGUUUAGUUCACUGUGCAUCUUACUCCUUAACCAACAUACUAUAUGGUCUAGAACUUUGCUUGUAUUUGGAUAGGAUAGUGCUAGGUAUAAGUAACAUUAUUUGCAGAUUAACAAGUUGUUCUUUGUCUUAUUGUGUCGAACAGGUGCAUUCUAACAGGUUUCUUUACUAAAGAAUAUAAGGCCAAAGUAGCUAAACUGGAAGCAUAGCUGACUUGGAAAAUGUUUCCAGGUUGGCUAUUUUAGCCUUAAAAUUCUUACUUUAGUAAGUAAACCUGUAAGUGUGCUGUAGUGGUUAUGGUUCCAUCCCCUGGCUAUGUUACAUAUCAAAUUGAGGGUCUCCUAUCAUUUAUGCAAAAGUUAUGUCUCCCAUAAUUCCACCCACGAAAAUUGCAAUUACAAAUCCCAUGGGGUUGAACGAGCUACUAUAAUUAGAGCUGCUAAUUCUUAUCUAGAGCACAUUUCUUUUAUAUAAAAGUGCACUUUCCUCUUAUAUCAUAGGUAAAGGGACACCAUAGGCACCCAGGCCACUGUAGCUCAUUGAAGCAAUCUAGGUGCAGUGUCCCAGGUCCCUUAGCCCUGGAAAGGUAUUUAUUGCAGUUUUUGCUAAACUACAAUAAUUACAUUUUAUGGGUUAACACUUUCUCUAGUGGCUGUCUACCAGACAGUCACUAGAAGGACUUCCAGAUCGUUGGGCGACUUUUGGUUGCCUAACUGACCCUGGACGUCCUGACACUAUGCAUGAGGAUGUACAGCAUCACUGGAAUCCCCAUAGGAAAGCAUUGAAUAAUGCUUUCCUAUGGAAAAUUCUAAUGUGAGUUUGGCCAUUGCGGGGAAGGAGCGGAGACAUCAGCGGUAGACCUAGGUAAGUGACAGAAUGGGUUUUUAACCACUUAUGCACCACGGGGUGGAGAGGAGGGCUUGUUGCAGGGGGAAGCCAUAGUGCCACGAAAACAAGUUUGUUUUCCUGGCAGUAUAGUUUCCCUUUUAAAAAUAUUUGCCAUGGUACUGUGGCUUUAAGUCUUUUGUACUAUUUAGCAUUGGUAAAGGAAAAUGUAGUGGAGUUUUAUUUUUUUUCUAUUUGAUACAGUGUAUUUUGAUUAGUUUCAAUUUAUGUUCUCCCUCUCUUAUGUUUUGUAGAUGGUUAUUAAACAAUCUGUUCUUGCAUUGUUUUUUGAAUAGUUUGAUUUAUUAGUUUGAUCCUGAUAUUCAUGUAUUUGCAUCAUAUCUACUGCCCAGAGUAGUAAGUGGCAGAUCCAUCUUUAGGCGUCUGUAGGAAAUACAUUGAAAGAUCCUCCUCGCUCUUUCAUGUUCACAAUUUGCUUGACAUCCCUGUUGUCUGGAGAGACCAUAAGGUGGCUGAGGUUUCUAGGCAGAUCCUGGUGCUUUUAAUGUUUCUAAUGGCUGUGUGGUAUAUAUAAGUUCCACACUUGUAAAUAAAAUAUGGAUGAGGGCACUUGGCAAGCUAAAAGUAUCUGUGGUGUAAUUUUGAUUAGCUCGAAGUUGCAGAGCAUUAAAACUUGUGCCUAUGCUUGGGAGCUGUGGCUGUCUUAUACAAAGCUAUAAGAGAGCCCAUACAGGUAAUUUGAAGUUGUGUAAAAUGUGUACACCACAUGCAAAUUGUUGUACAUAUAGGUGAUUUCCUAGAAUUAAGGGUGUAUAUAGCUGCAUCAGUUAUUAGAAGCGAUUUCAGCUUUAAUAAUAAGCAUACAGGGAGGUCAUACUCUAGUAUCAUCCAAAGAAAGGGGUGUUUAUAAUGUUUGGGGUUUCACUUUAACUUAUGUAAAAUUAAAUCCAUAUUUUAUUGUGCAGUUGAAAGGAACACUCCAAACCUUUUAAGGGGGUUAACCAGAGUGUCCUUGCUCUCUUCAUAAAAGUGCAGUGUAUUCAGAUAGGCAGGAGAUUGCUCUUUGCGAUUGUUAUGUGUCCCAGCACAAAGUGAAAGGCAUUGCUUCUUACGGAGAACCAUUGCCAGCAGUGUGUGGCAAGUGGGGGUGGAGCAGAACUGCAAAAAGGGAACCGUCUUGCUGCUUGAUUAGAAGUUGGUUAAAUCUUUAUUUAGUUCACUCUGUAGUGGGGGGUGGAUGGGGGUGGAAUUGAAUUGGCAUUUUACACACUCCAAUGUUAUAAAAAUACACCAGCAUUCUGAAGAAAGGUUUUUGUUUAUAAUGCAGGAGUGUGCGUUUAAUAAAGUUAAAAUAAUAGCUAAUUUGACUGUGUAAUUUUAUUUUCAUUAUUAUAUUUUCUUUUAAUAACUCGACACUGUUUAAUAAUACACGAUGUAACAUCCAAGCAUAUAGGCAUGAGGCAGUUAACAGUUGCUGUAAAAUUCUUAUCAUAGUAAUGCAAGAAAAAAUAAAGAUAAAAGUGCCUCUGGAAGCAAGGUAGUUGACUCAGAAAUAGAAAAGAAGGUUAAAAGUGAUAAAAGGGAGUUAAAGGAGUAGCAUGGAAAAUACAUUUUGUGCAUAAGCAGGUUGUAUGUAAACCCUUUUAAUGUGUAUUUUUAAAAAAAAAUUUUUUUUUUAUUGUUGAUCUUUUUAGGUAUGGCCUCACAAGUCUUGGUGUACCCACCGUAUGUUUAUCAAACCCAGUCAAGUGCCUUUUGUAGCGUGAAGAAACUUAAAGUAGAACCAAGCAGCUGUGCGUAUAACAGGAGGAACUAUCCCAGAACAGAUCUGUAUGCUAGAAACGGAGUUGCACAUCAAUCUAACAAGAGCAGGCCUCCUUUCCAGACAAAGAUUCCCUCUGACAGACCUCAUCGACAGACCACUGCGCAACAAGUUAGCGCAGUCACAUUAAAAACCAACACAGGUGCAUCAGCGGACCCAGCAGCGCAGGCGCAGCCAGUUCCGGCAGAGGCACCACUUGUCAGAACUCAAGAUAGUGGAUCAGAAUUGUUGGACAACCAUCAGAGAUGUGGAUUGAAGCGUAAAAGCGAAGAUUUGGAGAACCAGGGUGGCACCAUGCAGAUUGUUGAUGAGUUGUCUUUACUGCCUGCCAUGCUUUCAAGUAAUGCAGGAAACCCAGUGACUGUGGUGGCAAACACAGGAACUUCUAAGCAAAAUGGAGCUAGUGUGGAUGGGGACUAUCAGCUGGUACAGCAUGAAGUUUUGUGCUCAGUCAAAAAUACCUAUGAAGUACUUGACUUUUUGGGUCGAGGUACCUUUGGACAGGUAGUCAAGUGCUGGAAAAGAGGGACAAAUGAAGUAGUGGCUGUUAAAAUUUUGAAGAACCAUCCUUCAUAUGCACGUCAAGGACAGAUUGAGGUGGGCAUACUUGCAAGACUGAGCAGCGAGAAUGCGGACGAGUUCAACUUUGUGCGUGCAUACGAAUGCUUUCAGCAUCGGAACCAUACUUGCUUGGUUUUUGAGAUGUUAGAACAGAACUUGUAUGACUUCUUGAAGCAAAAUAAAUUUAGCCCUUUGCCCCUGAAAGUGAUUAGGGCUAUCCUUCAGCAAGUGGCUACUGCACUGAAAAAGCUUAAAAGUCUUGGUUUAAUUCAUGCUGACCUCAAACCAGAGAAUAUCAUGUUGGUGGAUCCUGUAAGGCAGCCGUACAGGGUGAAAGUAAUAGACUUUGGCUCUGCCAGCCAUAUAUCAAAGACUGUUUGCUCGACCUAUUUGCAGUCUCGCUACUACAGGUAAAUGUACUAAUUCUAAAAGUAGUUUUUAACCGCUUUGUUUAUAAAUAGCUCUCAUUAAUAAAAUGUCUUCUUUUUUUCUUUGUCAUUUGCACUUGCAUCUCUAGUCCUAAAUUGCUUUUACUUCUUUCGUGCCUCCUGCUUGUCUUUUUCCCAUCACUUUUAACCUUUCUCACUUGGCACCUGUCAAUUUUCACUCUAGAUCAGGGUAGGCAACCUUCGUCACUUUAGAUGUUGUGGUGUAGAUCUCCCCUGAUGUUUUGCUAGCAUUUUGCCAAAUUGUGCUUACCCCUACCCCAAAUAAUCCUUUUUGCAAGUCUUGUAAUAAUACAUUACUCUCUGAAUUGUAACUUUAGCCCAGAUCUUUGCCUUUCAACCCAUUCCUCCACUCUCUCACCACUGAUGCAUCUUGCUUCUACUUUUCUUGCCCAUGACCCUCUUGGACUUGUCCACCCCCUCCUCUUGCAACAUGCUCACCAUUUUCACUUGCUUCUCUUGCCUCAGAUGCUUUCCAUUUCUUCCUUUCUGAAUUUACUUAAUUCAGGGGUGUGGACAUUUAAAUCAAAAUAGGGCUAUUUGUUAAACUCCGAAUUUUCACAAAUUUAAAUCCAGAUGUAAAAUCCAGAGGAAAACAUAUCUGAUCCAGAAAGGUUCUCUAACUCCACUAUAGUCAUAACAGCCAUUUAUAUUUUAUUUGUCAAAUGUAACGAAUUACCCAGUGGGUCUUACAUAGUCUCUCCCACUGUCCUGACUCACUGUGUGUGUGUUUAAUGCUGGCUUUGUGUAUUAUGUGAUUUCCACACUCCUAUUAGUUGCAUGCUGCCUAUGCCUGCCCAGACCCCUGAAAUCUGAUUUAUUUUUUUUUUAUUUUUCUUCUUUCCCCUUUCUGCCAUUCUGUGUUUCUUUAAGGGGCUAUUGCGCGUUUUCUCUUGUUGUUUCCCCUACCUCUGUUGACUGUAUAGGGAAAUGACUGUGCAUACUACCAUAGUUUAAAGGUCUGCAGUUUUGGUAAAUAAAUGAGCUGGUUGGAAAUCACAUUUCAGAAGUCACAGCAGUAUUCUUGUAAGACGUGUAGAAAUCUGUAAAGAUUGUGUUUGGAAUUUCCCCACCUUCCCCUCCAGCAGAUGUGUAUUCUCCCAUGUAAAUGCUUCAACUCUUUCUUGAUCUUUGUUACAGUGCUCUAUAUUAUCAGUCUUUGGUUUAGAAUUAACUGUUUUGAUUAUUUCCUUUUGCUAAAUCAAGGUAUCAGAUAGAGCUAUGUUUGUUUAUUCACUAGCCAAAGGGAUGAUUUGUUUUAGAAUUUGUAAAAAAAAUUAGUUUGAAACACCAGAAUGGUGGAUGAAUGCUAAAGAUUUAAGACUGACUGAUUAAAAUCUGCUAUGUGCUGGCUUAAUAAAAUAGAAUUCAGAGAUUAAACCCAUAUUUCAAGCAAAUGCACAAGAGAAGCUAUUUGAAGCUAGAUUUGUCAUUAAAUAAUUAUAGACUGUUGAAUAACUAUAAGAUCUUCUGUAUGAUGGCUAAUCUUUGUCACGAAGAGGUUGGGAACAAUAUUUCCCAUGGUGCCCAGACAUUCAAAAUUCUGUGUAUUUCUGUAUAGUUAUUUGAAGGUCAGUCUGCGUUAGCUACUGGGCUAAAGGUUUAGCCGUCAAUACGUGUGAUUUGAAGGCCAGUGAUACAAUAGCUUGCUUCUUUUUUUUUUCUUCUCAGAGUAAGAACAUGUGGUUAUAAUGUCUGUGUAUUGAACACAUGCUGUAUUGUGUUGAUGUGAGCUUAUGUUCAAUGUUAGAUUUGAUUGUUUUAAUUAUUGGGUGUUCCCCAAUCAUUUUUAAUACAUGCAGGAUACUAGCUCAGUUGAGGAAAAUUGCUCAGUUUAAAGAUAGUUUUCAGUUAUUACGAGCUACUUAGAAAUGGGAGUUUAUCAGAUGCUACAUCAAUACUGAAAGAAAGCCACAAAUCCAGCUCUCUUCCGUCAUUGUCUACAUUUCCUAUUCAGGCCUUAAUCACAAAAUGCCAUUUGUGACGAAAAUAGUUGUAGGAAACUGGUGGUAGCUGUUGAUGGCAGAGUUAUUGCUGUAGAGUAUAGGGUUUAUAAAUAAUGCUGUGAGAUGUUGUAUGGUUAUACAAACUACUUUACCUUUCAACAGCUAUCCUGCAGGUCUCUUACAUUGUUAACCUUUUAGAUGAAUGCAAGGGGUUUCUCCCGUUCCUGGCAAUUAGUGGUUAAGUCUUUUAUUGCCAGAUUGACUUCUAGUAGUGAAGGUGUUCAAUCUAAUCUUUGAUAAGGAACAGAAAUGUAUGCAGUUCAAUAAAUUUUCAUGCUUGUGGCAAUUUUUCUCUCUUGAUGUCAGUUUGUGAGAACAAGACCUCAAGGAAAAUAUGAACAUUUCUAGACUAGAUGCCUUUGGUGACAAUGUUUACUCGUAGAAUAAAAGAUGUGUGCUAAAGUGGAUAGUAUCUUUGCAUAUGCACUUUAACACAUGUUCCCAUAUCAUCUACUCAUGUGGAUGUGCAUGGCAAUUAAGUCAUAGAUUUAAAAAAACUAAAAACACGACGUUAUUAGGAUCUAGAGAGCCGCACAAACUAUGAGACUUAAAAAUGUAUUUUACUUAUUUUUAAUACAUUUUCAGCCUCUAUAUAUAGUGGUGCGUGAUAGAUUUACCGACACUGUGCCUAUGUCACAUAUAUAUGAGACCCACAUCACAAAAACCCUGUAUAACACUCACCCAAUCGGCAAGAAAGCACUGUCUCACAUAUCAAUUAAACAGAAAAUCGACAAGACUGGCUUCAUCACACAUUUUAAACUAAGCUCUAAACGUUCAUUACCAAUAUAUAGAGGUCCUGCAAUUCCAAAUAGCACACUAUGUGCUGGUGUCUUGUAUAUGAAAUAAGGGAAACAUUUUGUAUUCAUUGUUUUUAUUCACUUCUGUUGUUUAGGAAAAUACCCUUUGGCUCAUUGACGCAGUCCAAAGGAUUAGUGUUUUUGCUCAGUCUCUCACGCGAACAAAUGUUAUUCUAUCAUUUUGAACCACACAUCACUGCAAUGUAGCAGCACUGCUUAAAAUAGGCUCCAGGGCCUGGCCAAAGCAUGUUGACUACUAUAGAUGGUGAGGCUGUCUGCCUCUAGGGUUGAAAAAAGACAGAAGUACUUAACUAAGAAGGUUUGCUUGCUCAAGGUCAGCAAGUUCUAAAGUGAGCAGCUUUAGUCUGUAGGAGUGUGUCUGUGAAUUGACUAGCUAUGGGACAAAUAUGAGGCUCUAUAGAUCAGAGUGAAUGUAAUAAAGGUGGCUGCACCAAGUCAGUGCAUUGAAGUUUAUCAGAUUUGUUAUUACCAAUUGCAGAGUGCUAAACCAGCUCAAAAUAUGGAAUCUCCGUUGUUAGAAACAAUGCUUUCCCGGUGAAACACUCAGUAAAGUAAAUUUGUAACUCAUUUAUGUAAACCACAUUUGUUCUGCUUUGUAACUCUGUAGACUUGUUAUUUUAUCUUGUGUUUAACUUUCACCCCAACUGCUAUUUUACCAUGGUUGGUCAAGUAGCAGUGUCUUAAGAGAUUUUACUGCACAUUAUUACGUUUACAUGAAUUACCCUGAGCCUUUAACUCUUUCACAGGUAGAUUAACUUUGGUACCAUUGUACAAGACAAAACUGCUAACACUAUUAGAACACUUUUAUAAUAAUAGUUAAUAAACUGUUAGAUUCUAAUUACUAAGUAAAAUGUGCCCUGUAUCAUACCCAAUAGACCAAUUUCCAUUGUGUCAAAGAAAUCAAAGUCCUGUAAAUCUUUUCCCAAACUAAUCUACCCAUCUAGGAUCUACCUGGAGUCCAAGGUAAAUCCCAGAUGGAUUAAUACUGACACAAUUGAAACGGGUUUGUGCACACGUCUAGUAUCUAACUAAGUGACCGAGAGGUCCGUACAGGGCUCCUCAGUAUCUGAUUGGCUGAGUGGUUCAUGCCAGACUAAUAAAAACGUCCCAAUUUUUCUUACUCUGUGACUGACCCUACACCACUAUGUAAUCACAUUUCCUAUAGCAAUUAAGCAUUUUACUGCUCUGGUGAACAAAAUGCUCUUGCUCUGUUGUUAAUGCUUUUAGAUUUGACACUUUGUUUUGUACACAAUUUAUUAUUCUAGUGGGAUGAUUCAAAAUAUGUUAAGUUAUAAACAAAUCUUAACAGCCCACUUUUUUUUAAAAAAACAAACAUGUUUUUCUAUUUAUUUAUUUUUUAUACACCAAGUAACAUACAGAUCACUGGACUGAGCUAGUUGUCUACAAAUAAAUAUAGGGACAUUUAAUUUGACCUAAAUUUUCUCCCAUCUGGGGUAAUAUAACAGGGCUGGGGAGAGUAGCUACUGUCUAUCCAUAAUUCUUUGCUAAUCAUACACUGCUUGUCGAGGAUUGUUGGGUUGGGUCUAUUAUCAGUGGGGUGCAAAUUUAUCAAUAGUUUUUUCAGUGUUUUAAUCGAAAAGAAAGGCCAAGAGGGAAGACAUAAGUUUAUUGCCCAGUGUAUUCUGAAUCCUGUAACCUGUGUAGCUUGUGUUGUAAUAGACUUGAAGCAUUUCUGUUUAUUAAAGGGACACUAUAGUCUCCUGAACAACUUUAGCUUAAUGAACCAGUUUUGCCCCUGCAGCCUCACUGCCCAAUCCUCUGCUGUUUAGAAGUUAAAUCCCUCUGUUUAUGAACCCUAGUCACACCUCCCUGCAUGUGACUUGCACAGCCUUCCAUAAACACUUCCUGUAAAGAGAGCCCUAUUUAGGCUUUCUUUAUUGCAAGUUCUGUUUAAGAUUUUCUUAUCCCCUGCUAUGUUAAUAGCUUGCUAGACCCUGCAAGAGCCUCCUGUAUGUGAUUAAAGUUCAAUUUAGAGAUUGACAUACAAUUAUUUAAGGUAAAUUACAUCUGUGAAAAUGAAACCAGUUUUAUUUAUUUUAUUUUUUUUCAUGCAGGCUCUGUCAAUCAUAGCCAGGGGAGGUGUGACUAGGGCUGCAUAAACAGAAACAAAGUGAUUUAACUCCUAAAUGACAGUGAAUUGAACAGUGAAAUUGCGGGGGAAUGAUCUAUACACUAAAACUGCUUUAUUUAGCUAAAGUAACUUGGGUAACUAUAGUGUUCCUUUAACAGUGUCUAGAGGAAUGUAAGGAAUCUGUUAUGCUGUAAAUACCUUGGAAACAUACAGCAGUCAGUGUGGCACUAAUUAAUAUUGAAGAAUUGCAAACUAUACUAGCAAACUGUUAUGAGCAUAUCUGAGGAUUCAAAAGAAAUGUCCAUUCUGUAAAAUGUAUUUGUAGGCGGACUAUUUUAAAACCAAAAAUGCAUCUUCCUGUUUCUCAGAUAAGUAACUGGUAGACAUGGCUUCAAACAUAGCUUAAAGGAACACUUUGGACACCAUAACAACUUCAUCUAAAUGAGUGAGCUUACAGUGUACAAUAAAAAAAAAAUAACAGCAUGUCAGAAGAGAUGAUGUAUUGAUGGAUGAGAUACCUGUUUCGAAAUAAGAUGGUUUGUUCCACACACGUUUACUAACAGUGGAUGGAGAGAAUGAGCUGAGCAAUAGAGGUGAUGGAAAUUAGGAGGGCAAUUAUGCGUCAAAUAGGAAGAUGGUAAGUUUUCUUGAAUUGGUGUGUUUUCAGCGACUUCCUUAAGGAAUGGAGGCUAUGGAACAAUCUGAUGGCAUUGAAGCCAAGGAUUUGGCAGAAAGAAAAUAGUCAGAACGCAUGUGGGCCGUUUACACAGCUUUGUAGGUUAAAACAUUGUGGAAAUGUAUAACCCCUUAAAGAAACACUAUAGUCACCCAGACCACUUCAUCUGAAUAAAGUGGUUUGGGUGAAAUUGUUAUGGUACCUGGAAUAUUUAAUUAUUUAAAAAUAAUUGUUAUGCAUCAGUUAGGGCUGCUGCAUAUACAUCUUCUGCAUUUAUCGUAGCACAUAAUUCACCAUGCUUUAAAGUGUUAUAUGACCACACCCCUCCACCCCAUUCCCCUACCCUCAAAAUGCAGCUUAGGUCCCCCGCACCCUCAUGGCCCCCUUCCCGCUGGGCUGAAGGGGUAAAAACUCCUUUAGCCACUUACCUUUCUCCAGCGCCGGGCAACUCUCCUCCUCCUGCCGAUGUCAGCACCGAAUGCGCAUGCGCGGCAAGAGCUGCGCUCGCAUUCAAACCCCCCAUAGGAAAGCAUUACUCAAUGCUUUCCUAUGGAUGUCAGCGUCUUCUCACUGUGAUUUUUUUUUUUUUCACAGUGAGAAUCGCGGAAGCGGCCUCUAGUGACUGCCAGUGAGACAGCCACUAGAGGCUGGAUUAACCCUCAGUGAAACAUAGCAGUUUCUCUGAAACUAUGUUUUCAGCUGCAGGGUUAAAACUAGAGGGACCUGGCACCUAGACCACUUCAUUGACACUCCAAGCAUUUUAAGGGACACUCCAAGCAUUGUAACUGCUACAGGGCUUCCCGAUGUUGGCAAUCAAACUAUCUGAUAACGGUAUCACUUCUUCUUAUAUCCACAAGGUAACUCUCAUUUCUUGUAUGAAGAGCCAGAAGCUCUUGUUAAAGGGGCGCUAUAGUGUCAGGAACACAAAAGUGACACUAGUUCUGAAACCAACAUUUAGGUGGUCAGUCCCCCCUUACCUCGGGUUAGAAAGGUUAUUUGCUCUCCUUUUUUCCAGCGCCUGGAAGGACUCCUCGUGCCUGCCCCUGAUCCGCCUCCUUGGCUGAUAUCAGAAUUGAUGAUCUCAGCCAAUCAAAAUGCUUUCCCGUAAGAAAGCAUUGGAAUGGCUGGAAUAGUUCUGAUGAUCUCCCUGCCAAGGAGGCAGGGUGGGGGCAGUGCCAACCACCACACUGGCCAAUCCGUGUCUCCUAAUAGAGAUGAAUUGAUUUAAUGCAUUUCUAUGGGGGAAGUUCAGCAUCUCCAUGCAGAGCGUGGAGACGCUGAGCGUCAUUGCUACAGACAGUGACCCUAGAAGCACUUCUAGUUGCUGUCUUAGGAGUGGCCACUAGAGGCUCUAAUGUAAACACUGCUUAUUCACUGAAAAGUCAGUGUUUACUUUAAAAAUCCUGCAGGGACUGACUUGACUCACCAGAACAACUAUGUUAAGCUGUAAUUUUUCUGGUGACUAUAAUGUCCCUUUAAUGUUUCCGUUAGCUAUUCCAAGAUCCAUGCUGGCCAGCUCAAAAACUGGGCAAAUUCCAUUGUACGUACACUGCCAGGUUUAGCUCAAUGGAGAGGGCUUCUGGCUCUCAUGCUGGAGAUCUCUGAUGCCUGACAAACCCCAGGAAAGUUGUAAAGCUGUUAGCUUGGUCCAUUUAAGGGAGAGGGCACUACCAAGUGCCAUAGCAGUUACGUUGCUUAGAGUGUUUCUUUAAGUGAGUUCCUUUUGUACAAGCAUUUCUAUUCUCAUACAGUAGGGCAGGUCUUCAUGUGAUGUCCGUAACAUUCUUCUUGGAACGCUUACUAAAUACUAAUUAUACCUUCCUGUUUUAUCACAGCUGUUCCUGAGUAAUCUACCUAGCAUACAAAUUCUUAAAGAAGGGUACAUUAUUUAAAGAUGUUAUAUAAAUAAAGUGUUGUACGUGUUUGUAUUCAUGUUUAUACUGUGUAAACAAUAACUCAAAAUGAGUGUACUGUAAACGGGCUAAUAAAACCUAUCUGUGUUGACAUAUUGGUCCUCCCAUCUGACAUUUUAUAAAAUGCCUUACUUCUAAAUGAUCUUUGUACUGGUAAUCCGAUACUGUCGAUUAACCUAUCAUUAAUUUAUUUGUACAGCAGCAACAACUUGAGCACCUCUACAAAACACCCGUCAGCAGAUAGACUAACCUAGAGGUUGGUUAGACAGGGUCCUACUUGUUAGAUGUUAUCUCAGAGUUAAAGCUUGCAUUUUACAUCAUAGUUUGUGCAGGUGUGAUGCCUAAUAGGAGACUUAUAAUGAAUAUAAAUCAUCUUCACACGUGAUUGUAUAACACUAUGAAGAAUUGGCGUCCUUGUAAAGAUCUGUGUUUGCUCAUAUUCUUUAUGGGAAAAUGCAAGCAACUAUAACUGCUUGUUACUACAGGGACUUAAAAGACAAAAAACAAAAACAAAGGUACGAUUAUUAUCACCAUUUAUAUAGCGCCAACAGAUUCCGCAGCGCUUUACAAUAAUAUGAGAGGGGUAUUUAACUGCAAAUAGGACAAUUACAAGAUAAUGAAUGUCUUCAGUAUUCAGUUUUUAGUUCGAUUUACUUUUCAAAAAUGGAAUGAUCACUUGGAAUCACACUUCAUAUGUCAGGACUUGCCAAAUCUCAGAAGCUGUGGCUUAUACAUAUUUUUCUACUAUUUUUGUUAAAUUGUAUAUUAAAAGAACCCUCUAAUUUUAAAAAUAAUUUUAAGUUUCCAUUUUUCACUUUAGAUGAUUCUCCUCUCUGCAGCCCAAUCUGCCCUAUUGUUUGGCAUUUUGCUCCUAUAUGCACUUCUUAAAGCGGCACUGUCAAACUGAAUUUACCUUUCUCCUAUUGUUUCUUCUUCUCUUGCUCUCUCAGAAUCUGUUAUUUUAUUCUUCCUUUCUGAUCUAGUUUUCUUUAAAACACAAGAUAAAGUAGGGACUACAUUGUCUUGUGUAUUUUUCCUACGUCUGACGUUAUCUGACACAAGGAGGAGCCUAAGCUAGUUCUAUUUCCUGUGUAAGUUUUCUCACAAUAUUCACCCUCCUCCUUGACACAGGAAAUUGGCUCCUCCUUUGGUCAAAGAAAGUCAAGCGUAGGAAAAAUACACAAGACAAAGUAGUCCCUACUUUGUCUUAUGUUUUUAAGAAAACUAGAUCAGAAAGGAAGAAAAGAACAACAAAAUCUGAAGCAGGAAGAGAAGGGGAAACAAUAGCCGAAAGGUAAGUUUUUAGUGUGACAGUGCCACUUUAAUAAUGUCUCUCCCUCAUUUAAACCUGAGUGGUAAACAGUGCCGUGUACAAUGACCAUAAAUAAAGCAAAAGUGUGGCAACAAUGGUGACAUCGUUGGCAACGUUAAAUAUUUUUAUUUUUAAUGUAAAAGUGUUCCUAUUGUUUAGAUUACGAAGCCGCCCUUCAAGAGAGAAAAAAAAAAAAAAGCCAUGAAACGUACCUUUAUUGCAUCUUCAGGACAAUCUUGUCAAUACAUAGUGGUUUUAAUGCUUACAUUCUCCUUUCAUUUUCAAUGUCCAUUGCGUUUCCUGGCUCCUAAAAUAGUACAUGCUUUUGUCCAACAUUAUAUUAUACAGCGUUCCCCAUAACCAUUUAUGUGUAGAUUUAGUACAUGUAUAAAUAGUUAUAGUAACCACUGCUAUAACUACAGUUGAGAAAAAAAAAUAUUGAGCUGUGAAUUAGUGUAAAUAACUAUCUUUUUUAACCCCUUAAGGGAGGAGGCAAUUGUACAAGUUCUGACCAAAAUAAACCCUAGAAUUUUACUGCAAUAAAAACACAUAUGUGUGUUCAGCGAUGUCUCAUGGGUGUUUUGGAAAGUUACAGGGUUAAAUAUUGGACUUGCAAAUUAAAUUGUCUGGGCAUUGGGUGUCAGGCAGGUCCCUCAAAUUGUAAUGAAUAAAAUCACUUAAUUAUGUUUGAUUACAUAAAUAUACAUGUAGAAUUUAGUCCUGCACUCCAAUCAUACCAAUACUUUACCUGGUGCUUAGCCACACUUUCCAUAUAGUUCCAAUAUCAGCCAGCACUCCAAGCCUUUUUCUCCAAAAAUCUCUUUUUAUUAGUAAUACAACAAAGUAUUUACAUGACAAGGUUGAUGUUUCAGUCCUCAUGGAGGACUUUCAUCAGAACAUGUGUUCUGGCUUGCAAAAGGUAUAUUUGUUUCCAAGCCAGUUUAGUGAAUGGGGAGUCACUGAUUGGCUCGGCGCAACAGCUGACUGCUCUCAGCCAAUCAGCGGUGCCCUUAUGCGCUUCCUGAAUGUAAGAAGUAAGAAUUCAAAACCCGCCAGAGGGAGAGUGGAGACCAGCGCUGCAGGCAACUUGGGGGUUAACCUGUUCUUGAGGUAAGAGUGCCUCCAGGAGCAUUAUGGCACUAUAACAACUUAAUUGAGAUGAAGUUGUUUUGGUGCCAGGAGUGUAUAUUUAACUCAUCAUAUACCCGCUUAAUGGAUCUUUAUUUCUCGGAGUGCUACUCCAUGCUUAAAUUGGAUUGGUGAAUCAUAAUCUUUAUUAAAAAAUACAUAUGUUACAUGAAAUUCCAGUACUAUGAAAAUAAGACUUUGUUGUGUAAAUGCUACCAAUAAUGUCAAAACUAGAAUAAUUGAUUAAUUUCCAUCAGCCUAGCUUUGUAAUUUGUGAUAGGUGAUGGGGGUAGAAAUCCGGUCAAGUGAUGCUCAGUAGUAGCGCAAGAUCUGUAUAGCAUCUGGCAGCCUCUUUUGCCAAGACCUGAAGAAGGAAGGACGAUCUUGGCACCAAGGAAUGAGGUUUUGUGGUGAACACACCCCCACCCCAUGCUCCACAAUUCAGCAGAUUUGUCUUUUGCAUUGAUAAGCAUGAUCCUGCAUUGUAAUGCGUGCUUUCGUUUGUCUUAUUUCUUUCAAUGAUUACUUUUGUCUGUCUUAUGCUAUGUAAUGUAACUUGUUUUUUUAUUUUAUUUAUUUUUUUGACAAACAGCUGUUUUCUCUGAAAUCCUUACAGAAUUAGAGAUGUAGCAUAGAAUGGAUUUCAGCUUUUUCCAAAUGUAAUUUACAGUUAAGUUCUUUGGAAUUUGUGCUUUUCUUCACUCUUCCUAAUCUUCAGGCGCCUAUCCUUAGGAAAGAAAUGUUCUGUAUCUGAUACUAAAUUUAUCAUUCUCUCUAUAUAACUGUACAAAAACAAGCUAGUGGCUGCCUUAAACUGAUAUUUUGCAUACAUGAAAUAUUUUUGACGAUCCUGUGGUGAAUGAAUUAACUUGAAUGGAAUUUAAAGGGACACUCGAGGCUGUGUGAACCACUCCUCCUUUUUCUUUAAUGCCUUAUGAGGGAAAAUGCAUUAAAAACAAGCAAAAAUAUAAGAUCAAGGUGGCAUGCUAAGCAACAUAACCACUAGAACUCUCUAUAGUGGUUAUAGUCGCUAGAGUGCUCUGGCGCGUCUUGCAGUUUAAUGGGACACAAUGGGCAUUCAGACUACUUCAUUUCAUUGAAGUGGUUUUAGUGCACUGUCCCUGAUCCCUUAAUCCUUCAGCUGAAAAUAUUGCAGUUUUAGAGAAAGUGCAGUGUUUUCUUUGCAGGAUUAAGACUGUCUCUAGUGGCUUUUUGCUAGACGUGCUUCUUGCUGUUUCUCUGUGAAACCGUGCUGGACGUCCACGCUUUGCAUGAGGACAUCCAGCGUCUUCUAAAUCCCAGAAGGAAAGCCCAAUAUGCGUGCUGCGCAUUAGGUUCCUUCUCGCUAUGAUGUUGGAGGAGUUGGAGACUGAGCCAUCACUGAUGGAUGGUGCUGGAAUAUGGUAAAUUAUAGUGUUCUCUUAACCGGUUUGAUAUGGACAGAAGCUCUUCUUCUUUUCACCCAGUUACCGACUCCCUCUUGGCUACUGAUCUUUAGGUAUUCUUCUAUUUACACAUUAUCAGUUCAUUUUUCACCCAGCCUGGGUAUCCUUGAUUGGUUGAGAAAUCAGUGAUAACCUACCCCCAGAUCGUGAGUGACAUGCCCAGUGUAUUACCACCUUCCAAAUAUGAGCAAAAGCAAAAGUUGAGCGGAGUUGAGAAAUCUGGAGAGCAGAGACAGGGCCAAAGGUGCCUUGAUGACCCCUGGUCUUGGUCAGAACAGUUAAACUGACUCUGAAUCAAGAGACAGUGUCUGCAGCCUACAAAUACCUUAACCACUACAAUGGUUUUUAGGCUUACACUUCCUCUUUAAGAAUAUGUUCCAGCAUUGAACCAGUCAAUCUAUUUUUCACUAUUUCAGGACAUGUUUGUUGUAACAGCCACUGCUAUUUUUUUUUUCCCUUUUGUAUUUGCCAUUUUGUAUAAAAUCAUCAUUCGUACUCUUGUACAUAAUACAAGUGCUAUACUUCAGAAAUGGUAAGUUUUUUUGUUUUUUCCCUCAAUAUGUGUCUUUGACGUUCUAAGGUUUUAUUUUGAUGUGUGUGUGUGUGUAUAUACAAGGAAAGACAGGCCUCCUUUGAAUCUGGCGUAAUUUUGUUUUGAUGUAACGCCCAGUUACAAUCCAGUUUGAUUCCUCUAGAAAGGGACUGUGUAACUUGAUGUACCGUACCCUCUAGCAUUUUAUAGGCCAGAUUAACUGGUUUUGCAAUAGGGAUUGCCUCAGGUUCAUGCCCUUUUGCAGACCAGUGUUGUUGGCUAUGUUAUUCCCUAUACUUCAGCAUUUUCAUUUAGAUAUUGGCUCUGAUUCUGUCUCCCAUGAUUCCAUUAGCUCACCGAGCCUUUCAGGCAUGCCUGGAUUUGAGCCAAAGCAUUGGUCAGUAAAUAAUUGAAAUGGCAGCUGGGGUGUCUAGCUUAUGUUACAGAGGCUAGGACGGAUAACAUGUAUUAUUUGGGCAAGGCUCUCACAGAAGCCCUGUGGUUGAAGUAACAUUGAUAUGCUCCUGAACACUACUGCACUGUAUAUAUACUCCUUGCUCUGAAUCGGUCUGCUAAAUUUACCGUCAGUUUGAUGUUCUAGAAAGAAGUUAUUAAAAGGAUUAGGGCAUACGUAAUUUCUCCUCGGAUCCACCAUUUAUGCCAAACUCCGUUUCUAAUAAACUUUACUUUUGCUGGAAGGGUCUUGUGUUUUAGGAUUUGUCUGGAAUGUGUUGCAAACACAGCCCAAUUCCAUUAAAGCUUGAAGAAGUAUCAUUGAAAUUUAAAAUCUUCUGCUUGAUUUGUUAAACUUUCCUUUUGAAGUUUAUACUUUUUCUGCAAACCACUCAGUCAAUCUUUGUUCUGGAGUGCAAAGCAUGUCUUACUUAAAGCAACACUGCAAACAGUGUCCCUUCUUUUUUACUUUUAUAAAAGUGCUGAUUUCAAGAGAAAUUGGCACAUUCACAAAGCUCCUCGGUUGCUCCCUGAGUUGGGAUAGCGUUCUUCUUGUUUGCUUUGUUCCCCAGGACAAUGCAGAAGGUAAUGCUUCUCAUAGAGUGCAACUUGUGCAUUCUGCUUACUAAUGUUGCUCUAUAGGAAGCAGUGGAUUGGUUAGCAGGUUAUCGGUAGGGAUGAUCUCACUGAGAUAGAGUGGCUCUGCAGUGAGGAGAACCUCUUGUCUCUGGGUUAAAGGUAAGAUAACCCUUUGUUUUACAAAAAGAGGAGGACCAGUAAACUGAACAAUUCAGUGUUAUAAAUAAAUGUAUUGAUUUAAAACCUUGGGGUGUUUCUUUAACCCCUUCCCAUAAAUGAAACUGGGCUUCUAUCCGCUUGCUGAAUAGUUCCAUUCAUAGUAGUCAGUAGAGGAACUUUCCUAAUUAUAACAGGAACAUAUAGGUUUUUCGCACAGUGUUCGAGCCACACAAUCAUUUAUACUGACAGAGGAAGCAUACAUUCUCCUAUAAAGUAUUUAACGGAGUAAUGGGCCUGUAGUGGCAAUGGGUUUUGUAAACUGUGGUUAGAAGCAACUCUGUAUAGUACUGGUUUCCAGUGUAUGUGGAUUCAUUUUACCAUGUUAGAUUAGAGCUUGUUGGGAUGUCACAUUGGUGAUCCAUUUUAGAAAAAGCCUGAUGUUGCAGGCAGGGGGACCUUUUAUAUUUAGAAAUACAUUUAAAUUUUUUUAUUCAUUUUUUAAAUCCUGUUGAACUUCCGAGUAAAAUGUUUCUCUAUCUCAAUAUAAAGUAUUUUUAAUUCUUAAAGGACCACUAUAGUGCCCUGAGGGUGCCCCCACCCUCAGGGACCCCCUCCCGCCCGGCUCUGGAGAGGGGAAGGGGUUAAACACUUACCUUUCUCCAGCGCCGGGCGGGGAGCUGUACUCCUCCUCUCCUCCUUGCUCGCGACAUCAUCGGCUGAAUGCGCAUGCGCGGCAGGAGCCACGCACUCAUUCAGCCGGUCGCAUAGGAAAGCAUUUAUAAUGCUUUCCUAUGGACGCUUGCGUGUUCUCACUGUGAUUUUCACAGUGAGAAGCACGCAAGCGCCUCUAACGGCUGUCAAUGAGACAGCCACUAGAGGCUCUGGAGGCUGGAUUAACCCUCAGUAUAAACAUAGCAGUUUCUCUGAAACUAUGUUUAUAAAAAAAGGGUUAAUCCUAGAGGUACCUGGCACCCAGACCACUUCAUAAAGCUGAAGUGGUCUGGGUGCCUAGAGUGGUCCUUUAAGAAGAAAGGUAAAAAUAAACUUUACUGACUUUAAAAAUAAAAUAAACUUUACUGCUCUGUCAUGUAUUUUCUUUUCCAGUUUUCCUUUUCUUAUGCUCAUUGUGUUUUAAUGAUUACUCUUUGCCACUUGCCUUUACUUAAAUGUAUUCUCUUGUACCGGAUAUCAAUACAUGGGCGUCUCCAUUUUGUUUUCCUUUUGUCCAUGAAGUUUGCAGCUUGCCUUUCUGUGGAAUUAUUGUGACUGAUGGAUUGUGGGUAAAUUAGCUUGGCAGCUAAAAUGGAACUAUGCUAAAGCUCCGCUCAUAGCCAAAAUUUGCUCAGCCCCCAUGAGAAAAAGUGAUCCCAUUGGGGUCGUGGGUUUAAUUCCUGGCAGUGUUUACUCAGCCUUUCAUCCUUUCGAGGUAAAUAAAAGGAGUACCGUAAUAGUAACAUCCCCAGAGAAUAUCUAUACUUUUCCUGGCUAAACACUUUAUUAUUAUUAUUUAUAACUAAAAGAUCAGGUGAAUUGGAAAAAAAAAAAUUAAAACAAGGAAAAAUAAAGGAGGGGGGGAGAGAGAGGAGAAUUUGAUUAUUUUUAAAGUGAAACCUGGAAAAUGACACAGCUGCUUAGAGGACCACUAUAGUGCCAGGAAAACAUACUCGUUUUCCUGGCACUAUAGUGCCCUGAGGGUGCCCCCACCCUCAGGGUCCCCCUCCCGCCGGGCUCUGGGGAGAGGAAGGGGUUAAAAUCUUACCUUUCUCCAGCGCCGGGCGGGGAGCUCUCCUCCUGUUCGGCUGAAUGCGCAUGCGUGGCAGGUGCUGCGCGCGCAUUCAGCAUUCACUGUGAUUUUCACAGCGAGAAGCAUGCAAACGCCUCUAGCGGCUGUCAAUUAGUUUCUCUGAAACUGCUAUGUUUAAAAAAAAAAAUUGGGUUAACCCUAGCUGGACCAGGCACCCAGACCACUUCAUUCAGCUGAAGUGGCCUGGGUGCCUAGAGUGGUCCUUUAAGUGGUUUGGUUUCUCCUUUUAAAAAUAGGAGACCUAGAAUGUAAGCUCAUUGAGCAGGGCCCUCCACCUCUCUGUUCCUGUCCAUCCACUUGUCUGGUUACAAUUAUAUGUCUGUUAGUCCACCCAUUGUACAGCGCUAUGGAAUCUGAUGGCACUAUAUAAAUAAUAUUUAUGAAAAUUCACUUUCAUUUUAAAUGUACAUUGCUUCAAUCUGUUCUUCUUCUCUUCUCACUCCUAACCCCUUCUUCCUUUCUUCCCCCCUUUCUGCUAAAAUACAUAAGGCAUAGUGCUCUUCUUUGUCUUAUGUAUUUUUUACCCAAGUGAGGGCUUGGGUAAAAAGGCAUAGUCUCGCUUAUCGCAAUACAGUAUCGUGACAAUCUCUAUAGAAUCCAUAGACAUUAGUGCUGCACUCACAAACAUGCUUGAGAGUACAGCACUGACGUUGGCUGCUGGCAGAUGAAACCCUGGGAGUUUGGCUGAUUUCUAGGUUGAAGCGUUGCGGUGUUUCUCUAGUUCCAAUAAAUGUGCCUUAAAGCAUCGGUAUAUUCUUAGCAAAUAUUUGAAACAUGAAAGUGUGAGCUUUAUACCUGUAUGUACACAAACGCACCACUGUAUCAUUGUCUGGCAUAGUUUAAAAAGUGGAGCAACGAACAUGCACAAUAACUGAAUUUACCAAAGUAUACAUAAAACAAUUUUUUUUUUUUUUUUUUUGUUCUUUAUUUUCAGUUGUUUUUCAGGUUUUGUAGGGUACAAAAUGGAGAGGGGGUUACACAUUGCAACAUCACUUGUGCCAUUAUUUUUUAAGUCUUACAUGGGAGACGGUACAUAAAACUACUUUUAAUGUUGAUCUACGUCAAAACUGAUUGAUCUGAUUCUGCUAGCACAGCAAUUUUACUGUUCAAUACAAAUAAGUUGAUCUGCAUGCUUUUUAUUUUAUCGUUUUUUAAAAGAAUACAUCAGAAACUGUCUUUGGAAAACACCAGGUUAUGUUUUACUCAAACCAAAUACACAGUGGCCUUUGUACUUAGACAGGCCAUGUUCGUUCUUGAGGAUUCACAGAAAGCAUAAUUUGCAAAAAUAAAGCCUGCCGUUAGACAGUUUGCUUUCUGUAAGGAAUGCCUUACUGAACUACUCCUUACCCCCAGUUUGUCAGCUUUCCCAAACAAAGAAUUUUUUAUAGUGCUGGCAAUCCUCUGCCAGGAACACUUCCUGAUUAUGAUGCUGAAAAAUUUUCCAUGACACAAAUUUCAUGUUUUUCCCUUCUAUAUUGUAACGCCUAGCUAUCCAACAACAUUUGGAUGUUAAAACGGCAACAAACUAAAGGAAAUGACAAAUCUUUACAUAAACAAUGGAGAUUUCUUUAAUCAUCUAAUGUGUAUGUGAUAUUGUCCAUUUUAGACCAACUCUAAACAUUUAGCUAGUGCAUUCUGUUGGGUAAAUUGCCCUAUUUUUUUACCAAGAUGUUACUGAAUACUGAAUUGUACUAAAUGAACAUUUUAGGAUAACAUAGCUGUUCUGAAAAAAUUCCAGUCCCAUACAUACCCAUUCAUCCAGUGUAACCUGUCAUAAUUGUAGCUGUUUAGCCUUUACCGCUAUAGUGAAUGCAUAGCUGUAUUUAGCUAUCAUUAAAAAAAACAAACAUUCACAGGUAAAUUAGAAAAAAAAUUACACUGUUCUUACUACAGGAGCAAGGCAUCUCAUUGUGCGAGGUUCCCACUAUUGUGUUGCAUUUUUCUUAGACCUCUGUUUUGCACAGUCACGUUUGUGCAAUAGUACACCAUUGCCAUCACUCCUGUUGUCUUCAUCUGCCAGGACCUGAUUAUGUAUCUGCACUGGAAAAGAGAAUUGCUGGGAAGAGAGCUUCGUCUUGUUCGCCACCAAGCUAGGGAAGUCACCGUUCAGGGUCUUUGUGAAGAAAAAAAUAAAUAAUGCAGUGCCAAUUUGGUUUACCUUACUUUUACAUGCAGCAAAGCCAUUCUCAUUCGCAACCAUUAUAGCUAAUCACCUAUGCAUACAGUGCUUUAAGCCAUUUUGUCUCUCUCCUCCCCUUGCUGCUCAUUUAUGUGUGAUGAUGAGGAAGUUGCCACCAGAACAGGCAGAAUUCAGUUUCUGGUUUGGGGAGGUGGGGGACGACUUUCUGCAUUCUGGCAGAAAAUGCUGCAAAACAGAAAUUUUACUUACAUGGAAACCAGUACCAGGUGAUGCUCCCAGCACGGACUUCCACACCUCUGUCUGACUUCACAUGGGCCUCGUGUGUUCCAAUCACAUGCGUUGCAUGUGUAAGGGGAGGGUUUUUAAAACAAAACUGUGUGCAGUUCCUACAAGGGAGAAAAUGAUCAUGUUUGUCGCCAGUGUGCUGUACAGUACUUGUUAACAGAAUCACUGAAGUGGUGGUCACUUUAAGCCUUUGCUAGUAGUUCAGCAUUUGACAUUUUAAACCAUGAUAGAGGAACAGUCUGCACCCAUACUACAAAAUGUUUAAGAAUACAAUCUGCAACCUUUUUAUAAAUGAUUGGGUGAGGCUAUAUCACAGACACAUGUUACAUACAGUUUAACGUUGUUUUGUACAGCUGAGAAGGAUUUAUUUUGACCUUGGCAUUCUAGGCACUUUCCAUCAAUAACAUGUUUUGAAACAGGAAAAUAAGCAAUUUGUCCUUGCACUGACACAUGUAGGAAUGACCUCAGUAAUCAGAGUAAUAGUUUACAUGACUCUUCAUUCAUACAGUAGAUGUCAAAAUUGGUGCCUUUUUUUUUUUUUUUAAGUAGGUGGAGUUAAAAGGCAUCCAUGACCAUGAAAUGACCAUGAUGUGAGCAUUUUGUAAGAAUGAAUCCAUGCAUUUAGUUUACCGUUCGAGUCAUAGAUGUCUGCCAAAACUUUGCCUCAAGAGGUCAAGAGGUAAAGAUAAUCUUUUGACUGAACCCCCCACCCCCUCUUUUUUUCUUUUUUUCCCUUUAUUAUCUUUUCCCCUUUCUUAUCUUUGACACAAAUAAAAUAAUAUUGCUUUAAAAUUAUUCUUUCUGUCACAAAGUAUGAGUUAGAAAUUGGAAACUCUCAGCAUAAAACCAGGAGCAACAACAAGAUUCCAGACUAUAAAAAAACAAACAAAAAAAUAUAUAUAUAUAUAUAUACACACACACACACAAACACUACACAUAUAUACAUAUACACAUUCCCACACCCUAAUGGGUGUAUUCGAUACUCUACUAAAAUAGAAUUAAAAAAAAGAAAUAAAAUUGUUGAGCCGUAAGUAAACGUGCACAGAGCACCAUAUGUGUCUGCCUUGUAAAUAAACCGUUCUACCCGAAUAGAAGACAUGUGUUCACCUUUAUAUAUAGAGUUAGCCUGUCUGAAAAAUUCAAUUUAUUUAUGUGGUCUUGUUCUUUCCUGUUGUCUCCUAAGAAUAACCGAAUCAUCCCCAGUGUCUGCAGAAUUGUGGCACCCCUUGGAAUUUUUUCAGGCAGCGACUGAGCUGGCCUCCAGUUUGGGAAGCCUAGAAUGUGCAGAUGCUUACAAAGCCCAUCCCCGCAGACAUAAUUAACCAAUAAAGUGCCUGACUGGAAUGUCACAAUUUAAAAAAAAAUUAGUUUGAGAGAUUUUGUGAAAUGUUUUGCUGCCUUUUUUUUAAAUUAAUUUUUGCUUUUAGCAGUAUAACUUCACCCUCUUAGCUACACCUCUCCUUUUCACAAACCCUCUUCCUAAUAGUAAGGUGUUGACUUGAGUCCACCUCAAAGCCAAACACUAACCUUUUAUUUAGAUGGUAUUUUAAAGCCUUCCUAUGGGGCAACAGUCCAGAUAACAGGACAGAAACUGCGUAUUGGGUGGAGUCAUGCCAGCGACUCAGCUCACAUUAUCGCAUUGCCCAAGCAGAGUAUUUCUCAAAUUUGGUUGACUAAGGAGCCGGAAUUAUGAGGCAAAACUUUAGCUUUCUGCCCAAAAAAAUAAACAGGAGGAAAAGAUUGCAUAAAUAUGGAGUCCGAACCUACUAAAUGCUUAAAGUUUGGGUUGAUGUCUGGAGUAUACAAAUAUGUAUUCCUUUUGCUAUAAUGCCCUUGUCACCUCUUAGACCCAGACCCUCAAGGGUACAAAAGGUAGUUUAUUUCGUUUUUUUUCCUCCUUUUUGCAGUGUUGUUCUCCUUAAAGAAGCUCCGCCUCUUCGGGAUAAUCAUUAGCAAUGAUCUCAGCUAUUUUUUCAGUCACUUUUAUUUGCAAUCAGAUUCCAAGUUGCUUUUGACAAUGCUAGAUGUUAAUUGAACUAGAAGACCAUAUAUUCCACUCCACUGUAAAUAAAUUUACCAUUGUUUGGGUCUAUUUGUGAAAGCGAAACCCUGCUAUGAUUUGUUGAUUUGUGAUGGAAACUUCUGUUUUGCAAUAUAUUUCACCGCAAAAAUUGUUUACUCUUCCGGAGGUGAAUAGGUAGCACAUCAUUCUAACAAACUAAAAGUUAGCUACAACUCAGAAUAGCAUGUGGCUUUUUAACUUUAUUACACACUUUACUAAUUUCCAAUUUACUGUCCAUUAAGUAAAGACGAACCUUUAUAUUUGUGUCCAGAAUUCAUUUUGUGUUCAGAAAAUGAAACUUUACCCGUACUUAUUUUCCCCCCUCUCUAUUUUGCUUAAAAUAGCUUUGCUUUUUAGGUUUAGACUCAAGUGAUAUGGUAAAGUUCAGAUCCUGCACUUCAGAGAAGCCGAGCACUGGCUAAUCAGUUUAAAGGGAGACUGUAGUCACUGUAACCGUUUCAUCUCUUUGAAUAGGUUAGUGUUUGGAGUUUCCUGGCACUGUCCCUCCAUUCAGUGUUAAACCAUUUUCAAGCAGUUUAACAGUAAAUAAGGGACGCUGGUCACCCACAGCCCAGCCCUCACUGGAGGUCUGGCUAAAGCAGAGGACACACACUUCCUUGUAGUUAUACCGUUCAUACCAGCAAUGGGAGCUCUGAAAGGCUAAAAGCAGUCAGCUGACUCUCAGCCAAUCACAGUUGCCCAUUGCUGAUUAGGCUAAUACGUCCUCUUUCACCAAAGUCACAGCUGCUGGGGAGUCAUGUUUAGCAUAAAGGGACAGGUUCAGGUAAGUAAAUCUCAAAUGCUCCCCAUGCCAUUGAACCACCAGCGGAAAUGUCAUUGUCGAGGGUCUCCAGAUGGUGACAGUGCCACUUUAAAAUUAAAUAAAGUUCUCCUAGUCGAGUUUUUUAAAUUUUUUAUUUCUGUUUUGGAUUCUUUUUUUCCCUGCAAGUUGAUGGUAUUUUGAAUAAGCUAGCCUCAAAAUGUUUCUCUCUCAAUUUCAUUACCCUGCAUAUAACAUGAUAGAUAUUGCGGUUCCCUUCUUGAAUGACAGCCUGGAGCUAAAUCCUAGGAUUACAUAGGAUUCACAGUAAAUCACCUGAAACUAUUAAAGAACUAAAAUAAUAGAAUUAUUUGAUUUAGUGUAAUAAUUUGCAUUCCUUGGUUAACCUUGUGUUGAACAGACCAUGCAUGUGAUGUGUUUAACUCAUUUUCAACUCGUAAGUAACAUUUAUUAAUAAUCCUGCAUUCUACAUGGCGAGCUUUCCAGUACAUAAUGCUGGCUGUAAUAGUGUUAACUCCACUUCCUUUCUCAAUUGUGUGCGUUGUUUAGGUUUACAUUUAUGGAUAUGCAGAGAAAUCCGACACUGUGGUAAAUGUUCGAAUAUGUAACACAAUAAUAGCAGGUGUGCCAUCAUGUCAAAGGGCGCAGUCUUACAACUGCAGUAAUAAGGUAAAAAGACCAUAGAAUUCUAUGCACCAUAACAAACCUACACUAGAAUGCAAUUUGGCAGAAAAUUCAGGUCUUCAAGGACCACUAUAGUGCCAGGAAAAAAAACUUGUUUUCCUGGCUCUAUAGGGUCUUUGGGUCCCCCCCACCCUCAGGGUCCCACUCCACCGGGCUGAAGAGGGAGGAAGGGGUUAAAUUCUUACCUUUCUCCAGCGCCGGGCCUCUGGGGACUCUCCUCCCUCUUCCGACGUCAUCCGCCGAAUGCGCAUGCGCGGCAAGAGCUGUGCGCGCAUUCAGUCAGUACAUAGGAAAUAAUUUCUCAAUGCUUUCCUAUGGACGUCUGCGUCUUCUCACUGUGAAAAUCACAGUGGGAAGCGCCUCUCAGGGAGACAGCCACUAUAGGCUGGAUUAACCCUAAUGUUAACAUAGCUGUUUCUCUGAAACUGCUAUGUUUACAGUUGCAGGGUUAACCCUAGAUGGACCUGGCACCCAGACCACUUCAUUGGGCUGAAGUGGUCUGGGUGCCUAUAGUGGUCCUUUAAUGAAUUACCUCCUGACUGAUAGUCGUUCUACUCACUCUUGUCUAAUACGAGGUGGAGUGGUGCCUAUUGUGUUUCAUUUGGCAUUGGCUUUAUUCACGCGCUAUGAUAUAUGAGAGCGACUUCUCUAAUUGCAAAUAUAAUCGUUCACAUUUUAUUGUAUUUGCUGAAUUCCUCAGACCAGGGGAAGCAGUUUUGCUUUACUCAUCCUGAGCUCUGUCUGCAGCAUUUGUAUAUGAAUAACAGGAAGGAAAGAGUACAUAGCUAAGGCUGGUUUCCACAGCCUGUGGGAAAAUUGGCUCAUAUAUGUUAAGGAGGAAGUAUCACUCGUUAUAUCGGUAGAUACAUCAGAUGGUAUGACAUCACAGACUUUGUAAUGGUUCUGUUUGCUGUGGUUUGUAAAAAGAAUAUUUCAGUCAAAGGCACAUCUUAAGACUAUUGUUUAAAAUUGGUCUUUAACUUUGCAUUUAAACAACUCCCAUGAAAUGUCAGCUUUACGGCCUAGAAAAUCUCUUUGCAACACUUGUUAGGUUGGUUUUUUUUGUUGUUUUUUACAAUUCGUGUCUACAUUUGAUAUAAGGUACGAUGCUGUUAAAGUAAACUUUAUCAUUUUGGACCAAUUUUUAUUGUUUUGGAAGAUUACAUUCUUAGAGUUUAGUCUGUUUUAAAUGUUGUUCUUGUUAUGGAAACUUGUGAGGCUAAAUCACCAUUAAAGACUCUGUCCAAUUCAGGGAGCACAAACCGGUUGUUAUGUUGCUGGGAAUUAGAACAGAAUGUGAAGUAGCUUAAGCUUGUUGCAAGGUCAAAUCCAUGUUAACCCUUGCCUGCCCUGCACCAGAUCUCCAUUGUUGACCACUGACUUAGAUAUUGUUUGUGCAUGGUUAAGGCCCCGGUGUAUAAACAAGGGAUGUUAUUUUUUCCUUGGGCAGCCAGAUCACCUAACCCAUCAACUACGAAGUACAAGCAGCAAUCAUUUUCAAUCUUAUGUGUUCAUCUCAUUCGUAGUCUGUCCAUCUUUCGGUUAUUUAUUGCGGUUAUGUGAUUAUGUUGGAACAAAAACUACAGCAUAACAUGUUGAAAUCAGGCAUGAGUGUUUAAGUAUUUCAGCAGCUUCUCUGUGGGUUAGAGUGAAAGAAAAGCCAAAGUUCUGUUAUUCUUUACCUUGUUAGUAAUAUUAUGUUACUGUGUGCACCAGGGAAAGGCUGCUUCACAGCUGUCUGACCUUAAUCUGAUUUCUCAAAGCUUCUCAGAACAUUGAAUGCGCUAGGAGCAUUGUGAAGGGGUGAAAAAAAGCUAAAAUCUAUAUUCAGGUUUUGGAUUGUAAUAAUGGAAAUGGUUUAUUUGGGAUAUAUAGUGAGAUAGUACAUGAGUUUAACCUCCAUACGAUUCUGCCCUGUUAAUUUUGUAGUUUAUUCACUAAACAUUUGACAACGAUCCAAAAUUUACACCACGUUGGCAGAGCCAGAGGGGUUUGUCAGGUUGUUUAUUGCAUAAAAUGUUUAGCGAACAAACCUAAAGGUCUCUGAGCACACGAACACUAGGGUUCAAGGUACAGUUAGAGUUCCUCUGCCAGCAGUGUGACUGCUGGCUCUGCCUUGUUGGAGUGGCGGAUUCGAAGCAUGUUGCUCAUUGUUACUCUGUAAGUUUGUACUGGGCCCAUUGCCAGGAACCCUCAUAACCACCGCUUGACUUACAGCUUCAGAAAUACAGACGCACGUGGAGUACAUUCAUGAAAUGUGAUCUCAUGCUGAUGAAAUUUGCUUUUCCAGUUUUCAGUUAGUCACAUAUUUACACGUACAAAGCAGAGUGCUAUAUAAAGGGGAGUAAGGGAAAACCCUGUGAAAAACAUGCAUGUCCUAUAAACAAGCAAGCCAAACAAAAAAGAAGAAAUAACGUCAGUUUUGUAUUUAUUUUAAGAAACUCACACAUACAUAUAUACUUAUAUUCCUUUUAAAUCAAAGCAUGUGUUGAUCCAAAUAUACAAAUGUCCAGAAACUGGAAAUGGACUGUACAGUUGUAGAGGAUGAAGUCUGAAGCACAGUGCCUGUCUGUGUACAUUUGUAUGUCAGCUGAAAAUUCUGGGAAAGUGUGGACACGUGAUUUCUCAGAAUUAUUGUGCCUAAUGCGGACUUUUGCAAGGUCCAACUUAAAUGCACCAAGUUUCAACCACCGUGACCACGUCUCUUUUUAGAAGUGGCCGUGGUGGUUGGAAACUGUAUGUGCAGUGCUGUUUUGCUUGAAUCGCUGCACAUUCUGAGAUAUUUACACUUUUGUGCUGGGGUCUAGUUGCACCUGCCUAAUAUCAGUUCUGUGCAGAAAUUGUAUAUCUCUUGUCAGCGCGCACUGUGCUUUGGCGACACGUGUAAUCCUCUUCUAUCUUUGUAGGCACUGCCCGGAAAACUCCUGUAAAGUUAAAGGCACACUAUAGUCACCAGAACAUAUACUGCUUAAUGUAUUUGUUCUGGUGAGUAGAAUAGUUCCCUUAAGGCAUUUUCAUGUAAACACUGCCUUUUCAGAGAAAAGGCAGUGUUUACAUUGCCCCUACGGACACCUCCAAGUGGCCACUCCUUAGAUGGCCACUGGAGGGGCUUCCUGGCUCAGGGCUCCACAGUAAGCAGCCCUGCCGUUCAGCGUCCUCACGUUCUGCAUGGAGACGCUGAAUUUUCCUCAUAGAGAUGCAUUGAUUCAGUGCAUCUCUAUGAGGAGGACCUGAUUGGCCAAAUCCCGCCCCUGUGCUGAUUUUAGCCAAUCCAAUGCUUUCCCAUUGCUUUCCCUAUGGGAAAGCAUUGGAUUGGCUAAAAAUCAGCCAUUUUGAUGUCAAAAGGGGGCAGAGCCAUUGCCGACGGACCCGCACAGCGUUGGAUAUAAGGUGAGUUUUCAACUUUUAUAGGAGGGCAAGCCAACUAUAUGGUGGGUUUAGUACUGUAGGGUCAGGAAUACAUGUUUGUGUUCCUGACCCUAUAGUGAUCCUUUAAACCUAUAUCUUGUCUGUGAGCUACCUCCCUGCAUUUACAGAUGCACACAUUUUUUUAAAGUGUGUGUGUGUGUGUGUAUGUAUAUAUAUAUAUAUAUUUUAAUUUCUUGUUAAAUUCCAUCAUGCCCACCACUCCCUCCCUCUCCUUUCCUUAUAAGAGCAAACGCAUGUGCUCUGAGCCAGGGAAAUAUUCCAAUCAAAUUCUUUGCAAUGUGAAACAUUUGAUUGGACCUCAAGGGGGGAGGCAGUAAAGUCAGACAGUGUGUUUAACCCAACACUGGAUUGCAGGUAUGUUUAUUCUUCUUUUUUAGGGUUUACUUAAAAAUAAGUGUUAGGGAUGAACUUAUUGCUAAUACCCCACAGGCAAUUCUAAAUAAAUUUAAAAAAUUGAUUAAAAAGGUUUGGCGGUGUACAUGCAAUACUAAUACUAAUGAUAAUGAUGUUUUAAACUGCACCUUCACAAUGUUCCUAAAUGUUUCACUACAGCCAGCCUUUUAGUACUGUAUAAUUAUGUUGGUAUGCUAGAAUGAUUUUCUUACCUGACAAUUUGUAUGCUCUUGAUGUAUACAAACUGAAAUGGUCAAUUGCACUCACCACUUAUUAAAGACUAGUCUGAGAUUAUUUCCCUGGAAUUACGAUUAUAAUUGCUAUAUUGGUUUUCUUUCGAUCAGCAUCCCAUGUAAGACAUUUUAUAAACAUCCUGUAAUUACAUAUUUACAUAGCUGAAAAGAGACUUCCGUCCAUCAAGUCCAGCCUUCCUCACAUUUUUUUUUGCUGUUGAUCCAAAAGAAGGCAAAAAACCAAUUUUUUUGCAACAAACUAGGAAAAAAAAUUCCUUUUUAACCCCAGUAUGACAGAUUAAUCCUUGGAUCAAGCGGCUAUUACCCCACAUUGAAAAAAUUAUAUCCUUGAAUAUUCUGUUUUUGUAAGUAUGCAUCUAGUUGCUGUUGGAACAUUUGUAUGGACUCUGAUAAAACCACUUCUUCAGGCAGAGAAUUCCACAUCCUUAUUCUUCUCACAGUAAAACAACUUUUAUUUGCCUUAGACGAAAUCUCCUUUCUUCCAGUCUAAACGCAUGGCCUAUGUCCUAUGUAAAGUGCGGUUUGUGAAUAGAUUUCCACACAAUGGUUUGUAUUGGCCCUGGAUAUAUUUGUAUAAUGUUAUCAUAUCCCCUCUGAGGCAACAUUUUUCUAAACUAAAGAGGUUUAAAUUUGUUAACCUUUCUUCAUAGCUGAUAUGUUCCAUUCCUUUUUUCAAUUUUGUAGCCCACCUCUGCACUUUUUCUAGUGCCAUAAUAUCCUUCUUUAGAACAGGUACCCAAAAUUGCAUAGCAUAUUCAAGAUGUAGUCUAACCAGUGAUUUAUAAAGAGACAAAAUGAUAUUCUCAUCCUGAGAAUGAAUGUCCUUUUUCAUGCAUGACAGUACCUUACUGGCCUUAGCCACUGCUGAAUGACAUUGCACAUUGUUGCAUAGUUUGUCUAUAACAAUUCCCAAGUCCUUUUAAUGUGUUGUUAUCCCUAAUUCGCUUCCAUUUAGGGUAUAUGUUGCUUGUGCAUAACUUUGCAUUUUUCAACAUUAAAUUUCAUCUGCCAUUUGAGUGCCCAGUCUACCUAAAUCCCUCUGCAGCAAAGUAAUAUCUUGCUCACAUUGUAUUCCUUUAAAGAGUUUUGUGCCAUCUGCAAACACUGAAACAUGACUUUCAAUGCUUUUUUCAAGAUCAUUUAUAAACAUGUUAAAUAGAAUAGGUCCCAGAACAGAACCCUGAGGGACACCACUUGCCACCUCUGUCCAUCUUGAAAAUGUACCAUUAAUGACAACUCUUUGUACUCUAUUUUUAAGCCAAUGUGCUACCCAAGAACAAGAAUUUUCAUCUAGACCGAAUUCCUUGAGUUUGAACACUAAUCUUUUGUAUGGAACUGAAUCAAAUGCCUUGGCAAAAUCCAAAUGGAUCACACCCACUCAACACCCUGAUUUAUACUUCUACUUCUUCUUAGAACGCAAUCAAGAAUGUAAGCUCAUUGAGCAGGGCCCUUCACCUUUCCACCUCUGUUCCUGUACGUCCAAUUGUCUGGUUAAAAUUACUUGUCUGUUAGUCCGCCCAAUGUACAGCGCUACGGAAUGUGAUGGCGCUAUAUAAAUAAUAAAAUAAUAAGUUAGUUUGGCAUGACCUGUGCUUCAUAAAACCAUGCUGACUUUUGCUGAUAACCAUGUUUUUCUCAAGGAAUUCUUGAAUAUUAUCCCUUAAUAACCUUUCAAGUACUCUUCCAGCCACAGAAGUUAAGCUCACAGGUCUAUAAUUUCCAGGCAAAGAUUUUGAACCCUUUUUGAAUAUAGGAACCAUAUCUGCCUUCCUCCAAUCCUCCGGAACACUUCCUGAAAGAAAAGAACCGUAAAAGAUUAAAAACAGAGGCUUACUUAUUUCUACACUUAGUUCCUUAAGUACUCGUGGAGGAAUACUGUCAGGCCCUGGAGCUUUGUUUUUAUUAACUUUCUUUAGUUGCUGCUGCACUUUGUCUUGAGUUAACCAAUUACAAUUUUAAUGCACGUUUUUAGCAACAAUCAUUUGCACAUCUAUUGCCAUGGGUUCUUCCUUAAUAUAUAUGGAGUAGAAAUAGUUAUUUUCCUGGUCUUCUUUAACGAACACCCCCAUCCCAGUUUUUUUUUCAAAUUCUUUUAGUGGUGCAUUAAGGGAACAACAUGCAAGUAUCGACAUUUUGACAUUUCCAAGAGUAGCAUACGAGAUAAACAAUAUAUAUUGAGUUGUCAGCACCUUUUUUGUUAAUAUAGUAGAGAAAUAACAGCGAAGUUUAACAAGAUUUACAAGAAAUAGUAACCACUGGUCCGCGCAGUAGAAUCUGAGAACAUCAGAUCUUACAAGAAAAGAAAAUGGGAUAGUAUCCACUGGGCAGUGCUUCACAAAAUAUUAUUGCCAACCUAUUAGGUAAAUAAAGCACACCUUCUUGUAGGAGAACCGUGGGUUAUUCCCAAGACUGCUUAGGCAAUGUCUGGGGGUGGGAGGCUGAGGCAAUAUGAGCAACGUUAAUGUGCAUAGGAAUUUCUAUGUUUGAGGACAGUGACUGUGCGGCACAUAUUAAAUGCUUACAAAGUAAAAGAAAAUAAAAAACACAAGCUAAGAUGAAACACAUGUUAAUAAAGCAUAUCAAUCUGGAGCUGUACGCUGGCUAUUAAACACCUUCGCACGGUAGGAGAGUCCAUCAGCAGGUUGUUGGUCAGGGACGUAAGGGGUGGUAGUCCUAGAAAGUGCUGUCCGAGUGAGGGAUGGGGAAAAGAGAAAAAAAAAAGGCAAGUUACUCAGCCGAUGCCUCCUCUCAAGGCCCAUUCCUUCCAUGUGCUAGGAGGUGCUGUUGGGGAUUGCCCAAGCAUGUCCCUGGGUGUCAGCAUGCCAGAGCUCCAUAUAGGUGGCAGCGUGUUGGAGUAAACUUGCCCCCGGACAGGUCCUUUCAUGGUUGGGGAAGCUGAGCGAGGUGAGAGAUGGCUCGAGUGCUUCGCACCGCUCGGGCGCUUCACUUGUUUCUUCCGUUGGAUCACCGAAAAUCGGGCGUAUGUGGCGUUUCUACCGCUAGCAGAGCGAGGUAAGGUAGCCCUCCAGCUCCCGGUGUGUACUAUGGGCUGCCCCUGGGUGCCAUUAGCCAUGGUGCUUUGGGUUUUCCCUUUUGGAGGGUAGUGGAGCGUCUUGCCUGACUGCCGUUGCAGGUGGCAGCGUGGUCUCCAUCUGCGCGGGCAAUGCUUCGGGGCUGUAUGCCUAACAAUCUUCUUAACGGGCAGACGUGCACUCGGCACUGUUGGUGUGGGAGGUGCUGGUGUCGGAAGUCGUGCAGGUUGGCUAGUUAUUCUGUUCCAGAAUUGCUCACAUAUGGCAUCAAAUCUGGCCCUGAAGAGGGUGCUCCAUUCCUGGCUCUCCCGAUCUGCUUGUGAGUGUGGAGGCACUGCUGCGGCAGCCAUUUUGGGUACGUCGCUUGGUUUCAUGCUGGCCACUGAAGGCAUGUGCUGUGGGGACAGGCUUAUAUUGUGAUCACUAUUUCCCAAGUGCUCGCCUACUUGAAUGUUGGUCAAAAGAUCAACGUUGUUUGUUAGAACCAGGUCCAGGCAAUCAUCCUUUCUAAUUGGUGCUUGUACAAGUUGUGACAUGAAGGUGUCAUUUAACAAGUUCAAAAACCCAGUUCCCUUUGCUGAACUACUAGUCGCUCUGUCCCAAUUUAUGUCUGGGUAAUUAAAAUAUCCAAUAACUAAUGUUACCUAGAUUUGCAGCUUACACAAUUUGCUCAAACAGCUGUUGUUCCUCAUAAAUAUUAACAUUAGGUGGUUUAUAACACAUCCCACCUUUCCUGUUUUUUCUGUCGUUCCUAAAUAGUGUGUACCCAUUUAAAUUAACUUCCCAAUCAUGUUUCAUCCCACCAUGUUUUAGUUAUGCCUAUUAUGUCAUAUUGUAAUGUUGUCUAAUAGUAUUUUUGUUGCAUAAUUCAAAGCAACAAUUCUGUGUACAUACAUAAUGCAUUUAAAUAUGCAAAAAAAUUAAAUUUACUUCAUUAGACUUUCAAUUGUACCUUUUUAUAGUGACACAUCAAUGCCUUAUGGUGGGUACACGUGUAUUCCAGAACAUCUUCCUUAAAAUAAGCUAGUGGUAUAAUUGUAUGUUUAUUUAGGCUCACCAGAUAAAAUAAGAAAGUCGUAGUAGUCUUUAUUUUUAAAGUCCUUGGUAGCACUGGUGAGUGUGGGGGUUGGCAAUCUGUAAUUCUGCACCAAGUCACAUGUGUGAGCCUGCAGUAUCUGUGUCAGUAUUACCAUCCCUCCCUACCCAAACAAAUCAUUUGGCUAAUAGCUAAAUGCUGUAAAUCAGCCUUGCUAGAGUAUAUUAUCUUUACCACUGUUAUUUUUCCAUCUUUUUUCACCUACUGGGGGAAAAACAGUAGUUGCUGAUGGUAGAGAGAUUGUAUCACCACCUCACUAGAUCAGUCCAACUAAAUCAGAACAAAAUUACAGGCUUGAGGGUAAUGUGGUCUUUGCCCUAGAACAUGAUGCGAGUAAAAGAUGAACAAUUAUUGCCCACAAGAUUUCUAAAGAGCUGCAUUCUUAAGCGGUUUCCUCUGUUUUACUUCGGACCGUUAUAAUCAUUCCAUAUCAAGAUUUCUAUCAAUCACUUGCAAGCCCAAGACUUAGCUUAUCCUCUUUUGUACACAUUAAAAUAAUUAUUUUUAUAGAGGCAGCAUACGGGUUGAAGUCACUCAAUUAAGAGGUUAGAGGGUAGCUUAGAAAAUGGCCGUCCACUUAAGCAGUAUUUGAACAAGGUUGAGCAAGUGGCGCUACAUUACUAAUGAGAGAAAUCCUAUUUCCAGAAGCAGGUUAAAGGAACAUUGCAAGUUAGUUUUCCAACCAUGUGUUGGAGGGAUAGGAAAGCUGUCCCUGAUUAGCUCAAGCAACAAUUUAAAUAGAAAUAAUCAUUGAAAUAUAGGGAUGUCCUGUGGCAAAACAAACCAAAGACAAAUAGAAGGUAUACUAACACACUGAGAAUGCAAAACAUUUAUAAAGAUGCCAUAACAACUGUAGCUUAAUAUGUGGCUUUGGUCUAUAGAUCAUGCCUUCAGUGUCACUGCUCAAUUAUCUACCAAUUAGGAGUUAAAUCACUUUGUUUAUGCAGCCAUAGCACCUAGGACCAAAAUAGAAACUUCUAAAGUAAACACACUGUGCUGUAAUAUUGGUUUGAAAAUGAAACUUUUUUUUUUGUUUUGUGUAGGCUGUUGUAAACAUGAUCUAUAAACCAUAACUGCUUUCCUAAGCUAGUCAUUUUGGUUCUUAGAGUAUCCCUUUAAGAGCUUUCCGAUCCGUUAUUCAAGUUUUUGCUUCUAUGUACUAUACCUAGGUCUGCCCCAUGUCAGACUGAUCCCACAAAAAAUUUUGUUUCAAUAUCAUAUGACAAGAUCCAGGUCCCCUGACACCUGGUUAAUUUUUUAGCCUGUAACACAGAUUCUGAUUCAGACUGUGCAAUGUGUGUUUUGUAGCAAUCAGACACAUUUUGAACAAACCUUUCCAAUUUUUAUCACCAAAGUUACAUAGUUACAUAGGCAGAAAAGAAACAUGCGUCCAUUAAGUUCAGCUUUUUUCGACUCUGCAGCAGUUCAAUGUUGGUAUUAUUGUUAACAUAUUCAAGGAGUCCAUUUCAUAGAGGUGGGGUGAUAGAUACUGCCAUUUUCAGCUGUUCAGGAAGUGCAUCUGUAGUGUUAGUACAAUAAAAAGAAAAACCACGGAGCUUACUGAAAAUGUUUAGCACACUUUUAUCCAAAUUACGUCAAAGUGAUGGUAAUGCUGUAUGACAAGCAAGGGCUGCAGACAUCACAAAGGCUGUAUUUGUACAAAUAUAUUUAAUGGCUCAUAUGUUGAAAUAAAUAAACCUAACCUGUAUACCUGUGAUAUAGCCGACAAAUGUGGGCAAAGUUCCACCUUUAAGCUGUACACACAAGGAAACGUAGUGCCAGUUUGCUGUUUUUCAGAGUAUGAGAUACAAAAUUGUUCUAAUUUCAGUCCUACUGUCUAUGUUAACAUUUCUUGAUUCCAAAGUCAAUAAGUAGAAUAAGCAUUCCAAACAUGGACUGCUAGGGUACAGCCUUAUGGUUUCCCAGUCCCUUCUAAGCACCUUGUUUUAUGAAGGAAUGUUUUCAAAUAAGCCUACUAACAUUCAUUCCUUGAUAUUUUAAAAUGUGGUCAACUUCAUGCAGGAAUGCCUCUUUUAAGUAGCACUCUAAACACCAACACAAUCUCUUUAGUCUUCAUUUUUGCAGCUUAACUCAUCCAGUUAGCUUUCUUUUAUCACAAAAUGUCUUCCUGGAAGGUGAAAAGUGUAGCCCUGCAGCCAUUGCAGUUUUCUGCUGUUGGUGCUUGUAUGCUUGUUCAGCAGUUUACCACAACAGAUUAUUCUUUUAAAACAUCUGCUACAUAAUUAUUUUCCUUAUGAGUGUAACUCAUUUAUCUGUUAAUUUGAUAUUUUGAGACACUAAAAAAAAAAAGUUAAAAGGGACAAAAAAAACAACAAAAUAAUUUGAUUGUCUACUUUGCCAUUUGCCAUUGCAUUUGUUGCUUAAUUAUCGUCUCCACUAUUUUGGCCACAUGGUGUCCUUGUGAAGCCUAGUGCUAUGUGGCAGCCCUGCAUAGCUUUAUGGGAUAUGUAGUUCUGCUGAUGGCUUUUGUAUGUCUUCUCAUUUCCUUUUCGCUUGAUAUUAACAAAAAGAAAAGAUACAAAAUAAUUUGACUCCUAUUCACUUAUAUACUUUGCUUAAUUCAAGUUUUUUUUGUAAUUUUAUUAUAAGUAAACAUGAUUGUUUGCUUCUCCAUGCACGCUGUUCAGCUAAAAUAGCUGUACAUAUCGCAUAUGCAGAAAUUUUAUUUUUCUAACAUAAAGAAAAAUGGGUGAAGUGAAUGUGUGAUUUAUUUAUUUAUUUUUUUGCCUGAAAAAACCCCAAAAAUACACAUAAUCAAGACCUGCCAGAAAUAAAACCAUUUUGCAUUUCUUUUUGUGGACUGAGCACGAAACCAAUAUAUUCAGAUUUUCUCGGUUUAGUUAAUCUGUCACAUUAACUGUUUCACACUCUAUUUUAGUAAUUAAUGAUUACAGAGUAUUAAGCACUUGAUACCCGGAUCCAGAUGACUUUGAUGUAAACACAGUUUAAAUUACAUAAAUGUAUGAUUGGGUAGGCUUAGUCUCUUAAAGAUGGCAUAUAUUUUAAGGAGUGUAGGUUAAAUCUCCUCACCAUCACUCAUGUUUUAAUUAGUUGUGCUUCUACAAAACAGCUGCUUGUGGCAUAUUGUGAAAAUAGACCUUGUGCUGUUUCUCUGUUGGUGUGAAAUCGGGUGAACUCUGAUGCACAGUGGGGUUGCAAAAAGCCUGUGUUGUGUGUGUGUGCAAACAUUUGUAAACAGUGAAUCCUUGGCAAUUAGCAAAAGAGCGUGAAACAGCAGUUGAUUGCAUUGGCCUGUUUCCUUGGUAUUGGACGUUGUGCACUUUAAGUGACGUCUAAUGUCAGAAUAUUGUGAAGGAAAACCAAUAUCACGACCGUUGAAAUGUCAUCUAAAAGCAUAGGGCAGAGCUCCUCAGAGAUUUGCAUACACCAUACCAAAUGCAAAUUCAUGUAGCUGUAACCAUUUAUAUAAAACAUGCAGAUGUGGAGAAAAUGUUUGUUGUGGCGUUCCCUCCAUUCUCGCCCCCAUUUCCCCUACGUUUAUGCUGACAGCAUUUACUAUACGUUUUACAUCAUACAGUAGGGCUCCAAGUUUAGACUAACUGAAUACCCCAAUAAUCAUCUGACUUUGAUUAAUCAGUAAUGGAUAGCUCUUCGUCUGCAAUGGGAGUACAAGUCUUCUAAUCAGAAAAAAAACUAACAGCAAAGGCAUUGUUUACUGAUGGAUGAAGACGUUUACGGCAACUAGAGCACUACACAUUGCUGAGCGUUAAUAUAGAAUAUUCUGUUAAACCAAACUGGAUUUCCCCCCCCUCUGCUGCGUAGGAGUUCCCCAGAACAUUGUAUCUUUUUUUUUUCCUUCUUUUUGUUUUAAACAUUGCUGCUAUUUAAAUUGCUAGGACUUUGCUCUGUUGAGUUAGUCAACUUAAUUUUAUUAACUACAUUAGUUCAUAAUGAUUAACAUCUCUGCAUCCACAAACCUAAGCUGCCCAUCCUCCAUACUAGACAGGCACAUUGGUUGUUGGUCUUUGUUCCUGCAGAACAGCUGUGUCGAUAGUCUCAGCUGUCACUGACAGCUGCCUGUCACCAUCACCUGUGCAGCAUUUCAGCUGUUGGUCUGUCUUUCUGAUCUAUGAUAGCUCUCAAGUGAGCAAUACAAGCUUCAUGGGAUUACCCAUGGGCAGUCAACGGGUAUAUACCCAGCUGCUAUAGAACUACAACUCGCUGGAUGCUUUACUGAUGACAAAGGCAUUGUGGGAGUUAUAGUCCUACAAAGGCUGGGUAUCCACAUUUUAACCCUCCCUGGAUCGCAACAAAACAUUUAUGUGCACUCCAUACUUUAGAGGUUAAUGAGUACUUAUAUUUUUAAGUUACGCACAUGGUAAAUACAUGUCUUUAAGUAUCAUGUUUGUUCAGUGUUCCCCUUUGGUGUGCCAUCCUGUGACAUUUGCCCCUCAUCCACAAAAUGCUGUUUAAUCAAAGAAUCCUGUCAACUUUUAGGUUAAACAAGGAGGGGUUUAGUGAUCUAGUCAACUUUGUGCCCUGUGUAUGUAAGCCGAUAGCCUGAGCAGGUGACAUAAAUGUUCAUUGUCCGGUAUCUUGAUGAAGGAACAAACAACGCUUUAUUUUAUUAAUGACAUGGUUGCAUUACACAAACAGUGCACCUUGCUAUGGUUACAGAGUUACUCACUGCGUACCCUGAACCGAGUCGGUUGGCUCUAUGGCCUCUUAAACAUUAACAUGUUGCCAUGGCUGCAUGUAUGUUCUCCUAUGGCUGGAUUGGCAUAACAUUUUCUGCAUGGCUAAUCAGCAAGCCGUGCACUUUAGUUUUUUUUGUGGUUUUUUUUUAAUGUGGGGGGUAAAAAAAAAGUAAAUGUUAAUAACAAAAAUGACUGGGAUAAUAGUGGCACAACUGCAACGUCAGGGCUUAUGUAUCAACAUUUUCAAGUUCACUUUUUAUGAAGUUUUAUGUGAGCCCAUUGUUUGCCCAUUGUUUGCCCAUUCAAUUUGUUUUGUGGAGGGGAAAGGGGAGUUCAUAUAUUUGUUGUUUCCAAUGUAUGAAACCAGGUGUUGCACACUUUUUCUAUCCAGCAAAUCUUUUUUGCCAUUGGCAGAUUGACAUGCUUAAAAUUGUUAAUGUGCCUUCCCCUCCUAUUAUUACUACGUUAUCUUAUUAAUUGGUGAAUGUAACCAAUGGUAAAAUCAAUAGGAAUAUAAUGUGGUGGAAAUGGUUUUUAGUUUGGCAUAUUACAUAAAGUUGAGGUUUAUUCAUAAGACAAGGUAUUUGCACAAAAGUGACAUCGAAGGGAAUGUGCUACUUUGUAUAGAAAAUAAAACCCUGUAAUGUCUGUGUACCCUUUAUUCUAAACUAAAGCUAGCUCUUGUACUACAACUCCCAUGAUGCAUUGCCAGUAGCUCUAGUUUUACGCCAGCAUGGUGAUGACAUUCUAGCUAUUUCCAUUGUAGAGUGUUUUUAGUUAAAACAGAAUGCUUUGUCAUAGCAUUUGACCUUUUAUUCUGCAAAUAUUGCCAUCAGAUAUCUAUGAUAAGACCUGCAGGACCAAAACCACAAAUUUCCUCCACCCACAUGUUAAACAAUUACCUUUAAAUUACAUCUACAUUUACAAAGGGCAAACAACCUUCCGCCUACGAAAGGAUGUAUUGCUACAUUUUUAGUUGGUACGAUUGGUUGGUAGACACUAAGCUUAAUGUACUGUAAUGUUAAAGGAACACUAUAGUCACCUAAAUUACUUUAGCUAAAUAAAGCAGUUUUAGUGUAUAGAUCAUUCCCCUGCAAUUUCACUGCUCAAUUCACUGUCAUUUAGGAGUUAAAUCACUUUGUUUCUGUUUAUGCAGCCCUAGCCACACCUCCCCUGGCUAUGAUUGACAGAGCCUGCAUGAAAAAAAAAACUGGUUUCACUUUCAAACAGAUGUAAUUUACCUUAAAUAAUUGUAUCUCAAUCUCUAAAUUGAACUUUAAUCACAUACAGGAGGCUCUUGCAGGGUCUAGCAAGCUAUUAACAUAGCAGGGGAUAAGAAAAUCUUAAUUAAACAGAACUUGCAAUAAAGAAAGCCUAAAUAGGGCUCUCUUUACAGGAAGUGUUUAUGGAAGGCUGUGCAAGUCACAUGCAGGGAGGUGUGACUAGGGUUCAUAAACAAAGGGAUUUAACUCCUAAAUGGCAGAUGAUUGAGCAGUGAGGCUGCAGGGGCAUGUUCUAUACACCAAAACGGCGUCAUUAAGCUAAAGUUGUUCAGGUGACUAUAGUGUCCCUUUAAUGUUGACAAUAUAUUUUCAGAGUUCAAAUAGCAACUGUCAAUUUGAAUAAUGAAGAUAGCUGACCUGUGAAUGUCCAGUCUUCUUCCAUUUUUGGAGUUCUUACUUUGUCUAUAGAACUCACAAGAUCAUAUGGCUUUUACUACAUCUUUGCUCUGACCAAAAUCUUAUCCACACUUGUAACUAACCCUUCUAUAUGAUAUUUUUAAUUUCAGACACAGACGCUUUACUCAACAUUUUACAUAUUAUUUUCAUUUUUAUUUUUAUUGAUGAGAACUAGCAACCUUUUGCAGAUUCACACCUUCUGGUUCUCCAAAGAUUGGCAUUUAAAGUUCCAGUGGUUUCUGUCACUUUUCAACCUUUAGCUAAAUUGAUUAAAUUGCAGAGUUCGUUUAUUGUAUCAUCAUAUUUUGAAUUCUGUCAUCCAACUUGUAAAUUUUACUGUUUUUUGUUUUUGUUUUGUUUUUUUCAGAGCUCCUGAGAUAAUUUUGGGGUUGCCGUUUUGUGAAGCCAUAGACAUGUGGUCCCUGGGCUGUGUGAUUGCUGAGCUUUUCCUUGGGUGGCCGCUUUACCCUGGAGCACUGGAGUACGAUCAGGUAUGGGUGGGAAUAAGCUGCUCCCUUAGCUGUAAGGACCCUUGUAAAAUUGUGGAGAUUGACAUUAGUGUAUUUCUUGUUAGUCCAAAUCUAUUAUCUGGAUCUUAAGAGGAAUGAGCAGGGAUUUUAGUACCCUUCCUGUUUUUUAAUUGUUCUAGUGUUCAUCACUUGUCUUCUGCACAGCAGAACAGGGUUCAUGCAUUCAUGUAGAAAUAAGGAGCCAGAAAGAUGGUUCUCUUCCAAAUGUAGUCACAGGCAGCAUAAUUCCUAGUUGAUGGAAUAAGUAUCUCCUACUGAAGGCAGGACAGAGCUCCCAGACGUUUUUGCUCCUCCUCAAAAUCACCAGAUGAAAUGUGGCCUUAUGUGGCUGAGGUUGAACAGGCAUAACACACUGUAAGCCAUGGCUCCCAGGAUUUAUGCAGCCCUACUGCUUAUUAGCUCUUUCUGUGCUGCAAUCCCUUCCUUUACGUGUGAUGUCACCUGACACUGAAUCGUAUGGUAUGCACACUAUUUUGCAUAUGUAUUCCUAAACAGAAUCUGCUACGUAUUCAAAAGGAUUUCUGGUUCAUAAUUCUGAAAAUUGAAUUGAUCUGCACGGACAGUUCAUUGGUUUCCUUGGUGACUUCUCCACGUUUUAUAAUGAUGACCCAGAAUCGCACUUUAUAAACUGUUUUAAGUGCAUUGAGAUUUAUAUAGGGCUUAGAACAGAAAACCAGAAUGUAAAUGGUAGAGAAGAUUGUGCCAACCCACCCACAUAGCGUUAUAUAAAAAAAAAAAGUACAAGAUAUGAAACGGUGUAAUAAACAAGAAUUAGGAAGAGCCUGUUAACCAUUUCACAGCAGAAAACAUACUUUUUAUUUUAUAAUUAUAAUACAUGUAUAAACAUGCUUGUCUUAAAAACUGUUGAAAGUGGUUUAAUUAACCCAUAAAGAACAUUGAAGUUACAUGUCAUCAGACUGUUUUCUUAUCCUCUUUAGCAUGUAUCUCUAAGGAGCAGAAAUCUUUGUGGGAAUAUAUUCUAAAAUUGGAGUAAUGCUCAUGUCCUUUAAUCUUGAUUUGUUAAAUAAAAAUAUAAACACAUUAGUGUUGCAUAAACUUUGUGAAAUUUACUGUUCCAGAACAUCCAAUACUGCUUCUCAUAGAAGUAUAAUUUUGUAGAUCCCAACUCCACUCUCGAGAUAUACAUAUACUAGAAUAUUUAUGUUCAUCUAUUAAUGUUGUAUAAACACGUUUAAAAAAAGGGCUGAACUGUUUGUCAAGUAGGCUGUCCAAUUAAGUAAUUUCACUAAUUCAAGUCAUGCAUUUUUUUUAUAAUACUUCCUUGUGUGCAAAUAAAUAGUGUAGUGUUUCACGCUGAAGCUUUGCAUAUGUCAAUAUGUAUGUAUCAGUGGCAUAACAUUCUUUGUCAAAAAAGCAGAAGUUAUAUAUUUUCAUUAUCUAUAUUGGAGAAACCAGCUUCCUUUAUUUAGUUUUAACAGCAGCUCAAAUUUAAUGUGUUCCGAAACUGUAUCUCACAGCUAGGCAAUCUCUGGCCAAUAGCUAUUUUCUCAUUAUAACACACAUUCUAGGACUUGCUGCAGGUCUGCCAUCUUAAAACACCAUGGCCUUUAUCUCAUUAUUUUGAGGCCUACGUUCGGUGUAUAGCUGGACUACGGACAUGUACCGUCACUCAAUGUGGAGGUUUUGAUAGUGUAGCUAGAGCCAUUGCAAUAGAAUAAGUGCUUCAUGUGAAGUUUUAUCAUUCUAUUUGGAGACUUCUUUUCCAUGGCAGUGAGAGUUGUAUCACAUUUUGUAAGGCGAGGUGUGGCAAGUUUGGUUUUGAUUUGGAAGCCAGACUUCAAGUCACAGCAAAUUCCACUUGGCUCUCAGUAUUUUUUAUGUGUAUUGUACAUACACAACACCCACAUAAAAAUAAAACUUACAAUAAAAAAAAAAACACUGUAUGAAUUGAGGGUUUAUAGAGAUUACCAGAUGAGUCUUUGUCUUUCAUCUGUGGUUCUUGAUAUGGGUAGAAUGACCACAACUUUAUUUUGUAGGCCAAUAAUAUUUUAAAACAGUCUGCUAGUUGCCGUAAUAAAACCUGUGAAAUGGUUGCCCUGUGUGCAAGUCAUCCUCUGUUUAUCAACAAUGUAUGAUAUUUUUUUUUUUUUUUUGGUUCCAGAUCCGAUACAUUUCCCAGACCCAAGGGUUACCUGGAGAACAAUUGUUAAAUGUGGGUACAAAAACCUCCAGAUUUUUCUGUCGUGACCCUGAUGCUCCAUACCCCAGCUGGAAGCUAAAAGUAAGCUUUCAAAACUUCUCAACGAGAAAAGUGUACAGAAUUUUAUUGUAUUAUAUUUUGUGUGUGUAUGUAUAUAUAUAUAUAUAUAUAUAUAUAUAUAUAUAUAUCUAUCAAUGCAUUUUUUUCAGGCUUCAUUUAUUUUACCACCAUAUUUGAGGGUUUCCUUAGUUUUAAGGGGGUGAAAAACCCCAGUCCGCUCAUCAUAAGACUUGGAGCAGUUAUCGGAGUACAUGUGUUGCAUAGUUUCAACAAGUUUUAUAUGAAAUGCUGUAAAUGCAAAAUGAGGCACGGUUUGCUUCAUUUAUGAAAUCCUGCACACGUUAAUAAACACCACAUUACAACUUUAAACUGCUUUUGAGAAGUUUUAUUCAUAUUUCAGGUUUUUUAUUUAUUUAUUUUUUUAUAUAACUUUUGUUUUCUGACUUUGAUCCAGCUCAGAAUAUCCCUGAAUUUAGACAUGUUCUAAGAUUUUUAGUUCAACUGAAUUGUUCUGAACUUCAUCCAUAAACUAUUUGGUGCAAUUUCGAGUCAUGUUAAGUCUAACUAUCUGAGGCUAUUCAAAGGAGACCAUUUGCAAUUUGAGGCUACCACAUUUUGAAAAUGACCUCCUAAUGUUUGCCUCUAAAUGUCCACAAAUUAAAUCUUAUGGAUUUGGAUAUUUGAUAGUUACCAUAGAAUAACUAACAUGUCUGCAUAUUGGUUCAGGUCAUCAUUGCUGCAUUUAGACAUGUGUACUGCUUGGCAUUAAAACCCUUCAUAUUUCUGUCACCUACAGACUUUGGAAGAACACGAAGCAGAGACAGGAAUGAAAUCUAAGGAAGCCAGGAAGUAUAUUUUUAACAGUUUGGAUGAUAUAGUGCAUGUAAGUACUGUGUGAAUAUUUAUUGCAUGAUGUAAACACCGCAUUCUAGCUCUAUUUUAACUGACUGUAAUACUGACAGUCAUAAAAAUGUUUUGAAAAUUGAGAAAGCAUGGCUUAAGACCAUGGAUGUCCAAGAUCCACCCUUCAGCUAUUUUUGGACCAAAUUUUAUUACUCUAAAUUCUACACGCCAGACAAGGGCUAAAGGUGGGACUCCCCUUCUCUAGGCCAGUGCUUACCAGGAUUUGUAUGCUAAUGUGGCUGUGGAUUAAACUUGAACCUCAGCUUGCAUGAUAGCUGUGUUAAUACAUGUUUUUUUAUUGGAUUAUAUUAGUGUGUUUUUGUAGAGGGCCCGUAAAAAGAAUUAAUAUACCCAGAUUCAUUGACAGUUGGUACUGAGCCACCAUUUAUUUGGGUGAUGAUUGGGCAAGCUUUGUUUAAUGCUCAACAUCCAGCGGUGUCACAUUACAAGGCAACGUAGAACCAGCCAUAAGUCAUGUCCUUUCGUGUUGCAAAUGUUGCCUUACUAGCACUGUGUCAUAGAUGGGAUUAUGGUAUAUUAUAUGAAAUCAUGGGUUAAUGUUUGACAUUACUCAGGGAAAUGUGAAAUUGUGAGGUGAUAUGACUAAGGCCUAAACAUAUUUCCACCGACUCUUGAAUACUUCCCCAUCAUAUACCAUAUACAUGUGGCAGCUAUGUACAACUUGUAUAGAUGUCAACGUAUGUGUUGUAGAAACUGUUCACAGAAGCAUUAAAAUUAUGCAUCAAGAAGUAUUUGUCCUGAUGAACAAUUCAUAAAUUUUAACCCAUUAUUUAUUUUGUGUAAUGUCAAACUACCUUAAACACUGAUUAAUACAAUAUAUUUAAACUUCUUGUAUCACAGGUGAACAUGGUGAUGGAUCUGGAUGGUAGUGACUUGGUGGCAGAGAAAGCAGAUAGAAGGGAAUUUGUGGGCCUGUUAAAGAAAAUGUUGAUGAUUGAUGCUGAUGCGAGAAUCACUCCGACUGAUACCUUGAACCACUCGUUUGUUACCAUGAAGCACCUUUUAGAUUUCCCACACAGUAAUCAGUAAGUUUCCCAGCAUUUUUUGUCAAGGCACACUCUGGACCCAUAAAGCACUAUGUAUGAAGAGUGUGUCCUCUGCCUUGCAAAGUCUUCUCAUUGAGCCGCAUCUGGAAGUCUGUAAAUGGACAGCAACAGAAAGUCUGGGCGGAGUUAGAAGGGGAGGGCUUGUUGUAAAGGCUUUAAACAGGAGAUUUGCAGGUUUUGCAGAUUGUAUAUCAGAUACACCAUAAAUGGAAAAAUUUAUAAUUAAAUUCAUGUAUGUUUUCUUUUGGAAUAUAUUUAAGUCUGUUAUUGCUAUUUCUCUAUUACACCAAAAUGUGUAAUCAGCCUUCUUAUUCUGUUAUUGAUGUACUAAUAUUGGAAAAUGUGGCUCCACUUGUAGUAGUGAAUGCACAGUGUGUUUUUUAGAAAUGUAAAUACACUUUUCACUUAUCACCUAGCAUUAUUUGCCAUCAAAUUUUGCAUUGAGACAUGUUGGCUAGUUUGCUACUAUUUAUAUUUAAAUCAAAACUUGAUUUUUGACUCGGUUGCAUUGUUCUUUAGGAUCAUUGGAAGGCUUAAGUACAUGAAAAAUCUAUAUGCUUCUAGACUUGCAUUUUUGAUGCCAGUGCAGAGGUUGUUUUUUUUGGUGUGUGUAUUUUUAAUUAAAAUAUAUCUAUACAAUCUAACAAGCUUUUGCAAGCUACCCAUUGCCCUGUGCAGGGCGAACUCAUCGGCUGAGAGGGUCAAACGGUUUGACUUCUCACCUUGGUAAGGUACCAGCACUCCUGAAAUCAUAAUUUCUACCGAGGGUUGUAGUGUUUAUGGUAUUUGGCAUGUUACAUUAAACAUCUGCUUAUCUCAAAUAUUUACUUUUCAGCCCAUUAUCUCCAUUUAUCAAAUGCAAUAUUUUGCCAAUGCUUUAGGUUUUUGAUAACAGGAAGCUAUUUUAAGAGUUGACCUUGGUCAUACAACUGUUGCUGAGCUUUGUUUCCCAUAAUUCUCUGUUAGAGUCCAAGUUUGGCCCUGUAGCAUGUUGCCUCAAACCACUGCAGCUGGAAAGGUUUAGUUGUGUCUGUGUGUCUCAAAUUAACAUGUUCAUUCAUAUUGAUGAGUUUAAUUAGUUCAACAGUAGAUGACUUGGAGACGCUUUCUAUAAUUAUACACUUGAGCCAAAACUGACAUCUGUACUUACUUCAGUGGCAUAUCACCUCCUGUGCUUGUCUUUACAAAUUCUAUAUUAAUCUUGUAAAACUCCUCUUUUAUUCCCCCCCGCCCCCGCUUAUCUUACUGUCCAAAAGUACACCAGAGUAUUAAACCACAUGUAGAAAUACAUGCAGUCACUAUAGGUCUUUGCUCAUUCUUCUCUUUCCAAAACUAGUUAGAGUUUCCUCCUAUGGCUGGAAAGACUGAAUUUUACCCUACGUUCUCUGCACCAUAAACACCUCAAAUAUGGAUUCAGGGUCUCCCAGUCUUCACACAUUUAAGCCAAUCACUUCCAAACCUAACUGUUUCUGACUACAUUGAUUGCCUUUAGACAGUUAGGGCUUAUACUCCAGGCCCUUAAAAUGGUAGAUUGCUUUUACCAUAGCAGCUAUCGAGAUGUUUGAGGCUUAUUGCUUUUGUCUUCUUCCCUUGCAGUGUAAAAUCUUGUUUCCAUAUAGUGGAUGUUUGCAAGUCACGACCCUAUUUGUGCGAUGCAGCCAACCGCAAUAAAACAUCCAUAAUGAGACCGAUUGUGGCAGCCAAUGCAGCUAAUAUUUCAGCUGGCUUCACCAAAAUUGGUACAGUCAGGGGUCAGGUAAGUGUUGUGAAUCAUGUCAUUACCCAAGAUUAAGUUGACGGAAGUAAAUGAUUUUUUUAAACAUUUUAUUUAUAUUUCUAAAGGGGUACUGUCAUUUUUGUUUUAUAUUUGGUUUAUGACACUAGUACACAUUACUAAAGCCUUUACUAGGAUGAAAUGUUCAGCAGAAGCUAACAGCCGUCCACUUACUUGUGCAGAAUAAGCAGUUUAGUGAGCUCUGUUAUCAUGAUGAUCAUACGGCCAAUGAUUUCUAACUCACAUGAUCCUGCAUAUUGUGAAUUACAGCCAGUCACGCUCUCAUGCUGGGUUCCAGCUGAAAAUACCGCAGACUGAAAUCGUAAGCAUUACUUACGCCAAUCCUUAAUGUUCAAAAUGUCAUGUGCCAAACAAUUAAACCAGCCACAGAAAUAGUUUCAAAGAAAAAGUGCAUCCAAGCAUCGUCAAACUUGAAUGAAAAAAAUAAAAUAAAAAAAAAGCUUAAUUUAAUACACCCUAAUCACAAACAUGACAUGAUUCCUUUAUAGAGAUUUUGUUUUUCAUUGACAUUUCCCAGCAUUAUAAUACAAAUUUAAUUACUGAUGAUUAAAAUAUUCUGCACGAGGCUUGUACAGCAGUAUGGAGUUUUUUAUUUCUUUUUUAAAAAGGCAAAUUUGUAAGGCAGGAAGUCUGCGUUAAACCCUGCAAGACAAUCUUCCUCUUUUCUGCGUGUUCUUGUAUACAAAAGUUGUUGCGUUUGAGCCCUCUGGUGGUGAAAUGAAAGAUCUGUGUCAGAGUGAGAUUAGCUGCAGUACCAAUGAUGGGGUUUUACUUUGAGCCCAUCCUGCAGGACAACUUAAUGUUACUAAAACUUGUAUUAACAUAAUGAUACACUCCUUUCUCCUCCUACUCGUGCUAUAAAACACUGAAAACCCCAAACUGCUCCAGCUCUGAGAACUAGGUAACUGAUUCAUGGUUUUGUUUGAUCUCUAUGGAGUUGGUGAAGUUGCAGGUUGUUCCCCAGUGCCCUGCAUUUUUCAGGCUGGUGGAUAUGGCUUAAAGUUUCAGCUAUGCCUGCUUAUAAGAAGAGUGCUAACAUGCAAUUUGAAUACACUGCCAACUCUGGCCAGGUGUGGAACAUAAGCACAGUGAAAGCAUGUCCAGUUACCAAGGCAUUUUUUAUGGUGUAACGCACACUUGUGUGGCGAAGGUUUCCACUGCAAUUCACAAAUUCUAAAGCUAGGAAACCUUUUCUUUCCACGGUCAUUAAUUAUUGUUUCAUACUGUGUAAAGAAUGUGAUUUUUUUUUUUUUCUAUAUUUGACUUGAUUUUAUUUAUUUAUUUUUUAUCCCCAGGCCUUACCAACAUCUGGGCAUUCAGUUAUACACCAUGCGAUACCCGUGCAGGCAGGAACUGCUCCGUUUGGUUGCAAUGAUGCUUUCCAGCAGACACUGAUCCUUUGCCCUCCAACAUUGCAAGGUAUUCAUGUGUUCAGCGUUAAUGCAGAGAAUCUGUGAUAUGUAAAAGUUACAGUUAUAAGCUAUAAUACAAUGCCAUAAGGGAUUCAUGAACAAUCUGCAGAUUCAGUGGUCCUGGCUAUUAUUGUUCCACAUUAUUGAUAUACUGCAGUGGGCACCAGAAACAAACUCUCUGUUUCUCUGAUGUGUAUUUAGUACAAAUGUAUUAAAGGGACACUAUAGGCACCCAGACCACUUCAGCUCAUUGAAGUGAUCUGGGUGCACUGUCCCAGGCCCCUUAACCCUGAAAUUGUAAUUACUGCAAUAAUUACAUUGCUGGGUUAACUCCACCAGACAGCCUCUAGAGACACUUCCAAUAGGGAGCUAUAGUGUUAGGAAAACAACCUUUUUGUUUUCCUAGCAGUAUAGUUUUCCUUUAAACAAUUGUUGCAUUUUGUUGUAUUAACAUUAUUUUACAAUAUGGGAAAAAUUAGCCCACUCCACCUGAAUUUACAACACUAUUUUAAACAAACCACUACAAAUUAUUUUGCUUCUUGUUUACACAGGAAUCCCACCAAAUGGAAAGCCGACAAGUUACUCAGUGCGUGUGGAUAAUGCAAUCCCUCUGGUAACGCAGGCAGCAGCCAUGCCUCUGCAGAUUAGACCUGGUGUCCUUUCUCAGGUAGGCUUUCUUAAAAUAAAUAUCUGUAUUUGACUCUUAAGGCUCUCAUGUUUUCUUUGUAAUGCUGAAUGCAUUAUAAGCCGUGCUUGAAUCUACUUUGCUGACUAUAUUAUUCUUUCUAUCCUAGCAUGCGUGGUCUAAUGGAACACAGCAAAUAUUGGUUCCUGCCUGGCAACAGGUGACAACUAUGGCUCCAACAACAACACUUGCCUCUGACACAAUGGCUGGAGCACAAAGAAUUGGAGACUGGGGGUAAGCUAUUCUCAAGGCUUACUCUAUGACUGGGCAAUGGUCAAGAUUAACACUACUGCAGCACUAUUGCAAAAACUGUGCUGGUUUUACAGCUUAAAUUUUUUUUUUUUCAUUGCAGUAGAUCAUUGAGUCAUGACUGUGGGGCUGUCCCAGCUAGUGUAUUAGUGAGCCGGUUUAGCUUCUUAUUGUUGCACUCUAUAUGUCAAUAAGUGAUUAACUGGGGUUAGAUUAGGUGUCUAUUAGUCGUCUAUUAGCCAAGAUUGUUAAAGAUGAUGGUUUCACUAGGAAGGAUUAGAAGACAGAUGAGACACAAAUAUUUUUGCAAUGGAUACCACUCAGAUGUUUAUGCAAACAAAGUUAGCUGACAGCUGUACUGGCCUGACCCAUCACUACUGCUCUUGCUUAAAGUGGUACUGAAAAUGCUUUUUCUUUUUUAAAGGCAGAAAAGUGUUGAGUUUGUGUUGGGAAAACUGAUCUAACAAUACACUUGCACUGUGCUUCGUGGGAAGCUUUCUGUAGUUUCCUACUUUUGGUUCAGGACACGAGCACAUACCCCGGUUUACAUGACAAGGACCCUAAAUUGUGCUCGUCCUGUUGAAUUCAUGGUUUUCUAGUGCAAUAGAAUAAGAACUAGAUAAUACCAGCUUAUAACUUUCUAAUUUAAUACAUAAAAAUAAGGAGCUCUAGUCUCUCACAUAACUAAAAGCUAUUGUUGGGUGAGAUCUAAUUGAAGAAAUGUUGCCAUGUACAUUUCCUUGUUACAUAUCCUCAUUAUAAAAAACAUUUUUUUUAUCUUUAUAGGUGGUGAACAGUUUCUUAUAUAGAUAAUUGUGUACUUUUUAAACUGCUUUUUACUGCUUGGUGAUUCUGCAUGGCUCCUAAUCUUGUGUUCUCUAAAUUAGAAUCUCAAAUUCACAACAUCAUUUUUAUCUUUUUCUUUAGGAAAGUAAUUCCACAUGGAAACCAUUACAGCUCGAUGAUUCUGCAGCCUCUUUUAACCAACCAAAUGACAUUAUCUGCCCCUCAGCCUAUUAGUUUAGGCUUUGCUCAUGUCGUGUGGCCACAGCCCACUGCUAACAAAAGAAAUAAAGUCUGUCAAAACAGGUAAGCAAGGAGUGAAUGGCCUGGUGCUGAUCCCUUACUUCUCCAGCCAGGAGAGCUAAAUGUAUAUCUUAUCACUUACUCAGUGAUACUGAGCUGUUAAGCUAGCUGUUACAGGGGAGUGGGAUUGAUGAAGUGUGAUAAGGUUUGUUUAAUCCAUUUAUUAUUGAGAAAAUGUGUAUGUGAUUGAGCUGCAAUUAAUAAAUAAUAUAUAUAUAAUCAUAAUUCAAAACUUUUAUAGUCACUGACAUUUUUCUUUCCUAAUGGAGUUCUAAUUCCGCAGAUCAACAGGAGUCUCGUGGUUAAAGUUAAAUUAUUUUUGCACUAGCUGUGCUGAGAAUUUUCCAUAAGUUGUAAUGGAUUUUUCACUUUUAAAAUCUUAGCAUUCCUCAUCUGUUUUAAAAACAUCAUAACCACAACAUCAUCAACAAUCAUAAUUCUAUUUUCAUCUUUGCAGAAGUAACCCAAUGAUAGACACAGUUGUCCCCAAUCCACCAACUGCCUCUCCAAAGAUAUUAAACAGCUCAAAGACCAGAAAGCAGGAAGAUUGCGCCUUACAGCAGGACAAUCAGAACUCCUCAGAAGAGGAGGAGAACUUGUGUAAGGCUUCUGAGGGGCCGGCCCCCGACAUUUCCAACCAACAGAGGCAAACAAUAGUUAUAGCAGAUUCACCAAGUCCGGCAGUGAGUGUCAUCACCAUCAGCAGUGACACAGACGAAGAGGAUCCAACACAGACACUUUCAUUGCGAGAGUAAGUUACUUGCAAUUUUCUGGUGUGGCACUGUCUACAUCAAUAUCCACUGUGAGUCAGUGGGAAUCUUGAGUCCGAUUUAUUCCAAACAAAAAGCGUUUCUUCUACAGCCUGUUAUAUUGGUUAUUGGUCUAGGAAGCUGUCCCUGAAACCUUACCUUUUAAUAUCUUCUUGUUAAUAUCUGGUGCCUAAGUGCUGCUCCGUUUCACUGAUGUGCUUAUGCCAUACAAAAGGACGACUAGAUUUCUCUGUAUGAAGUGAGUAGAAAGAACAUGGAGUUUAGGUGUCGGAGAUUAUCAAGAAAAUUAGUGAAUUAAAUGCACGUUUUCAGGGAUAGCUUCCUUCACCAUAAUUACUGUAAUUGGCUAUGCUGGUCAUGGUACGCGCUGUGCCUUUUUAAAAAAUGUGUACUGUCACCUAAAAUUUCUAUAUCAUUCCUUAUCUGAAGGGUGCUUCCGUCAUGAUAAACCUAUAAAACAAUAAUAAAGUGAAAAAUUUAAAUCCUUUCAAAGUUUCCAGAAGAAACACCAGGCAGAGAUGCUCCAAUCACUUGUUCUGGUUUAUGGACAGUUUUCUUACCAGGUGAACUCUUGUCUAGCAGGGAUUUAUCUGUAAGUAGUUUAUCCACAAAGAGCAGUUCCACUUAUCUUAUAGUAUGAUUGGAACUUCUGUAAGAAAUGAAAGCUGCCAUACCGCAGUUUCGUGAACUGAGCUACGUGCAGCUUUCAGCAAAAUCAUGGUCUCUCCUUUUUCCAGUCUGUGCUUUAGGUUGUGCUUAUACAUAAUACAAUAUACAGUAUGUCCAUUACCAAGACACAUUUGUCUUUUGAAUUAAUCUCCUUUGGUGCAACUCAAAGGGGCAGUUUAAACAACACAACCUCAACAGCUUGUUGCAGUGGUAAUGCUUUUAGUAGACUAUGGACAUUCUGUGCCAAAACAUUUUAAGGUAAUUCCACCCAUGGUCUAUUAGCAACAUGACCACUACAACAGACUUGUAGUGGUUAUUGUGCAUAGACUUUAAAUUUAUUUUUAAAGCGAACAGUGGGUGAGAGUGAAUUAACAUGUCUCCUUUGUUAACAGGUGUAAGGGCAGCCUGGACUGUGAAGCUUGUCAGAGCACCCUGAAUAUUGAUCGUGUGUGUUCCCUCAGUAGCCCUGACAGCACAUUAAGCACCAGUUCUUCAGGUCAAUCCAGCCCAUCUCCAUGCAAAAGACCAAACAGGUAACUAGUUUAAGUGGUCAUGAACAUCCCAAAUUGUAAUUCUGUGUGCUGUUACAAAUAAAAGUAAUCAUAAUUUAAAAUUCUUCUAUAUAUGAGAUAUUUAAAGAAGCACUGAACUGUAAGUUGCCAAGCAUACAGAAAUAUAAAAAUGGAUUUAUUAAUACAGGAAAGCAAAAACAUAUUGCGCUAUAGUUACUUUUUAUUCUUCAUAUUCUGGUGUAGAGUAAUAUUGGAGUGACGGAUGUUGCUCCAUUCUGCUAAAAUGCUUGCAUAUUGUUUUUGGAAAGGGACUUACCUCUGUGUAUAGACAUGCAUUGUGCAGAGAUUUCGGGGAAAGAUUCUACUACUUGUACAUUCCAAGACUAUCUGUCUUCCUAUCUGCAAAAACUGUGAGCUUGAUAUCAAUGUAGAAAAAUGAGAAUGAGGUUAUUUUUAUAAAGCUCUAUCAAAUCUUGUCCUGUACAGUAGAUACCUAAAGUAGCAUCUUCUUAAAGGAAUUUGAAGCCGUUUUAGUGUAUAGAUAAUGCUGCUGCUGUCUCAAUGCUCAGUUCACACAAUCCCCCAGUUGUGACUGACACAGCAUGCAUGAAAACAAAAUGCUUUAAUUUUCAGUCAAGUUUGACAACACAGUGAGUUUACUUUAGCAGUACGUAUCUCCUGCUCUAUUUGAAGUUUACACACACAGGAGGCUCCUGCUGGGUCUAGAAGACUAUUAAUAGAGCAGGAGAUUAGAAAUUAACAAUUAAACAGACGUUGGAAGUUUAACCCCAUCCCACACUCGGACGUAUCAGUCAUGUUCAACAAAAAACGGUCCUUAAGGACCGUGGACCUACCGGAUACGUCCGCAGCUAAUUAGAGCGCUGGAAGCGAUCAUGAUUGCUUCCAGCUAGUAUAACUGUAUUGCAGCGAUGUCUCGAUGUCGAGGCAUCCUGCAAUACCUCCACUCACUGCUGGGCCACCGGUCACCGAUCAGUUCCAGGUUGCUCCACGUGGCGCCCGGCAGUGAGGCAGAGCAUCGGACACCAUUAGGUAGACUUCCGAUGCUCUGCCUGUGCUGAUUGCCUCGAGGGGUCGAGGCACUCGGUGAAGAUUAAAAUAAAUAAUAAAACAUAUCACAGCGAUGAUAUUGUCAGUGAAAGUGAAGUUUUUUGCAUUUUUCACACACAAACGGCACUUUCACUGAAACGUGAAACACUAAUAUUUGUAUUUAGCAAAGUCUUCCGAGUAGAACAGUACCCCCCAUGUACAGGUUUUAUAGUGUUUUUGAAAGUUGCAGUGUAAAAUAUAAGUGUGUUCUUUCACAUUGAAAUUUGCCAGAUUGGUUAUGUUGCCUCUGAGAGCAUAUAGUAGCCCAGGAAUGAGAAUAACCCCUAUGAUGGUAUACCAUUUGCAAAAGAAGACAACCCAAGAUAUUGCAAAUGGGAUAUGUAUUUUUUUACUAGCCACUACUAAACACUGGCUAAAGUUAGCUGUCAUAAUUGUUUUUUGCAUUUUUAACACACAAACAAAUAUAAAUGCUAACUUUGGCCAGUGUUUGUGACUAAGUUGCUACUAAAAAAGACUGGACAUACCCCAAAUUGAAUAUCCUGGGUUGUCUACUUUUCAAAAAUAUAUGGUUUGAUUGGGGGUAAGUUACAUUGGCUGGCUUCAAAAAUGUCCCAAAUAGGACAUGGCUGCAUGAUGACCAGCUGUGAAAAUUCCAAGUUGGAAAACUGGAAUGCGCACCCCCCAAAUAAGGUCUUUUAGCCCCCAGAGAACCUGACACACCUAUACAUGGGUGGUAUCACUGUACUUGGGAGAUGUUGCUGAACAGAUAUUGGGGUGUUCCCUGGCAAUAACUCUUAAAGUUCUCAGUACGUGUAUUCAUAAAUUGCUGUGUCUGUCAAAAAAAUCACCAAUUAUUAUUUUUACAUUUUUUAUUUGGCAAAGAUUGGUGGUAAAAUGGUUGCAUGAAAAGAGAAAAGAGUCAAAAUACCCCAAGUUUAAUAGCUUAGGUUGUCUUCUUUUAAAAAAUAUAUACAUAUGAAGGGUUAUUCAGGGAUUCCUGACAGAUAUCCAUGUUAGAAUGUAACUUUUGUUAAUUUUGAAAAAAAAAAAAAUGGUUUGGCAAUAGCUAGUUGUACUUAUUGCCCUAUAAUUUGCAAACAAAAAGCUAAGAACAUGUUAACAUUGGGUAUUUCUAAACUCCGGACAAAAUUUUGAAACUAUUUAGCAUGGUUGUUUUUUGGCGGUUGUAGAUGCGUAGCAAAUUUGGAGGUCAAAGUUCAUUAAAGGACAACUAUAGCCACCCCGACCACUUCAGCUCAGUGAAGUGGUCUUGGUGCCAGGUGCCUCUAGGGUUAACCCUGCAGCUGUAAACAUAGCAGUUUCAGAGAAACUGCUAUGUUUACACUAAUGUUAAUCCAGCCUCUAGUGGCUGUCUCACUGACAGCCGCAAGAGGCACUUCUGCGCUUCUCACUGUAAAAAUCACAGUGAAGCCCCUGACGUCCAUAGGAAGGCAUUGAGAAAUGCUUUCCUAUGGACUGAUUGAAUGCUCCCGGCACUGGAGAAAGGUAAGCGUUUAACCCCUUCAGCCUGGAGAGAGUGGGACCCUGAGGGUGGGGGGGACCUAAUGACCCUAUAGUGACAGGAAAACGAGUUUGUUUUCCUGGCACUAUAGUGGUCCUUUGUGUGUGUUUUUUUUUGUUUGUUUGUUUUGUUUUUCUUUCUUUCAUUAUUUCAUCAUAUUUUAUAAAAGAUUUUUUUAUAGUAAAUUAUAUAUGAUAUGAUGAAAGUAAUGGUAUCUUUACAAAGAUCAUUUAAUGGUGAGAAAAACUGUAUAUAAUAUGUGUUACAGUAAAUGAGUAAGAAGAAAAUUACAGCUAAACACAAACACCGCAGAAAUGUAAAAACAGCCAUUGUCCCAAAUUGAAAAGCGGCCUGCUCACUAAGGGGUUAAACAUCUCUGCACAGGAAAUGUGUAACCAGACUGUGACUAGGGCUGCAUAAAUAAAGUGAUUUAACUCCUAAAUGGCAGAGAAUUGAGCAGUUAAACUGCAGGGGCAUGUUCUAUAAAACAAAACUGAUUCAUUAAGCUAAAUCUCUCUAGGUGCCUAUAGUGUCCCUUUACAUCUUGCAGGCAUUGUUGUAGACAUUGGCAAAAGCUGACUACUUAUUAUUUCCCAUAUUCUUUGUAGAAUAAAAAUGUAUUUCAUAUUGACAUAAAUGUAGUUGACUAUUUAUAUGCAAUCAUUGGGAAUUAAACCGCACACAAGCCUGCUGAAUUGUCCACGUGAUUUUGCUAGUGGGGCCUUCAGGAUUGAGUUUAAAGGUUUGCACUGUAUUUGAUGUGAUGUAUUUAUUUUGAUUGGAAGUAGUCAUAGUCUGUAAAGCAGUAUAUCUCAAUUGUCUUAUAGGUUUUACAGUCACUUUUUUUUGUAAGUUGUGCAGCUUUUUCAGAUGCUGGCUGACAUUGCUUUUUUUCCUUCUCACUUUUGCAGCAUGUCAGAUGAUGAGCCAGAGAGUGGCUGCGACACUGUGGAUGGAUCUCCAAGUUCCGAUUCUUCGGGGCAUGACAGCCCGUUUGUAGAGAGCAGUUUUGUCAGGGAUCCUAAUCAAAACACUGAGACUCGGACUUCAGAGAAAGCUGAGAGCAAACCUGCAGUGUGCACGGUUGUGGUUCCACCCAUCAGGAUAGAAAACCGCCGUGUCAAUUCACAUCGGGUGUCAAACAAAGGUCAGAUAUGACGUUUUAUCUUGCUAUGUAGGAAUCAGUGAAACUGCUUUCAUUUGUUUGGUGAUGAACACAUAAGCCCCAUGGACUUGUUACUUAAAUGUGGCUGAUAUUGGGAUUUAUUCACUAAACAGCAGAUAGUGAUUACAUAAUAGAAAUAUCUCCAUUUUAACUAUUUCCAAUUGCAGUUUUAGGAAAGUUUUUGGACUACCUUUUGUAACGAUCACUGGUGUAACAGCUACCCCUUUGUCUAUUUCCUCCCAAACUGCCUGAGCCUGAGUGAUUAUAGCUCGCAGUUCGGGUGCUGAGUCGAACGAUUCUCCACACGAAUGAGUCUCCCAAGUAUAUUCUCCCAGUAAAGUAGACAGGUACCCAAACAUCAUCCGAAACUAGAUGAAGGGUGUAACAGGAAUUAUUUUAAUGGGUGCCGCACUGGCUUUUAUGCAAGUCCACAUGCAAGGGGCACUCACACAUGGACUUUGUGGGGGACAGGGACACAAAGGUUACAGCCAAUAAUAAUACAGUGACAAAGUAUGACACUCCCAAUACAAACAGAUAAUUCCCUCCUCUCUGCCUAGAGAUAAUUGAGCCAGAUAAUGUAAUAACUCAAUUAUCUCCAGGCAGAAAAAAAAAAUUUUUUCACAAAACUUGAAAAGCACCCCAAGACCCAUAAAAUCCACACAAAUGUUAUAUCUCCUGAUAGCCCUGAUCUGGGUGACCAACGGGGUUUUGGAAUUUUAUGAAAGUCCAAUUUUGACUAACCGCACACGAGGCUCCUGCACAGAAACAGUUCCAUGAGUUUAGGCUGUGCGGUCGGUCUAUUUCGACAAGUCUUAAAAACUAAUAAAUGCACGAACUGCACCCCCUGGCUCAUAGUAGCGCUUGUUCCCCUGGUUCGUGGGGAGCAAAACUGCCGAACAGCGCUCUCCUGGCUGUUUGACCGGUAUUCGAGAAGUUGAGUGUCCGAUAUUCGUUCCAGACACUCGACGACCAAGUCCCGCUGCCUCCUUUCGUGCGAACAAGAUGGCCGCAGUUUUCUCCUGCAUGUGUCGUUUGACUAUACGAACGGUGACCACACAGGGAGAGCACUUAAUUGACUAUUCUCUUUGAAGAUAAAGAGCCAGGGGGAUGGUCGGUGUUUCGGUAGUUACAGCUACCGAAUGCAAAAAAAGUCAACCGAAAUAACUGUCAUUUCCUCACACAGUUCAUAACUCACCGAUUUAAUAUUUAGUCCAUAUACCCGUAAUCAUUGAGCAUGUUUAAAGAUUAUGUUGUUUGUUUGUUUUUGUAGUAGUAGUAGUAGUAAUUUGUGUACUUUAUUUGUUUUUGAAAACAAACAUGCACAAUGUUGUAGAAGUCACAUGUGGCAGGCUCUUACCACUCCCAACAGAUAGGCUGGUGAGAAGUGACUGCUUACCUCAUUAUGCCCUAAGAUAGCAGCCUGUAUGAACUCUUUGAUGCUGUGGACCGGUUGGGUAGUUUAGAUGACUGCAUUUUUUCCUCUUGUGUGAUUUGGGUUUUACUAGAGCAGACAGGCUGCCAGUCAUUAACCACCAUAUGUUCUUAUUUAUUUGGCAACACUGAACCGAUUGAGACUCUUAAAAUAAUGGCUUGUGACCGCCAAAAAAAGUUGUGUUCCCUGUAUAUAUUGAAAACAUGUGGGAGAAGUAAAACAUGUGACAAGGUGGCUAAAAGGGAAAUGGAGGGAAUUUGUAAGGGAUUUAGGGGUUAAUGUUAUAUAUGGUAAUAAGAGACAGCCUGGCUAGGGUUGCAUGAUGAGGGAGGAAAUAUGGCUGAGAAUAUAACAUGCUGGUUAAUCUAUUGAAAAAGAGGCAUAAUUGCCCUUUUGUGUAUUAGAAUGUUUAAUCUUAAUUUUGUAGAUACGCCAUGCUGAUCGAUGGUGAACCACUAGCUUAUAUUGUAAAUAUUACCAUUCGCUAUAUUACAUUCAUGGAUGUCACACUGGAAGAUUUGAAGUGUGAUGUUUUUUUGAUUAAAUGUUUGUUGUCAAAUCCUGGAAGCUGAUUGACAUGAAGCUUCUGUUUUCCAGAUCCUGUUUGUCAUCCUUUAAUAAAAGGUCGCUCUGCCCCAGGGAGAAUCAACCAUUCUACUGGCCAGGGGAACCGUCAGCAGAAACGCACAUCAGCAUUCCAGCAGCAGCAGCCUCUUCAUUUCAGCCAGGUACUAGCCAUUUUGUUGCAUAUGAUUCCAACUCAUAAAUAUUUAGGAAAUUAAAUGUUUGCUCUGACCUCAAUAACAACUUAACAUCAUUGCAAUGGGUCAGAGAGUGCCUUACUCCCUUGUCUCCAUGCCUAAUGAUUGAGAUGAUAUGUAAAAACCAGUGAUAUUAUAUGACUGUUCCCUGGAGCAAUGACUUCCUCUCUUACAUUGCAACUACCAUUCAAAUUGUUAGUGCACACGCAAACAAGACAGACUCUGCAAAGUAUCCAAGCCAUGGCAACUUGAAUCCACUGUCCGUUGCUCAAGAGAUCUCUAUUUGUAGCCUGGCUCACAAAACUGUAACCAAGCUGUGAAUGAACCAAUAUCUGCCUAUUCACCAUUUCCCAUACUCUAUAUUGUGAAUUAAACUAUAGACAGGUGUUAAAGUAUCAGAAUGAAUGAGCUAAUCAAGCAAAUACUGAAUUAUAAAGAACUGAGCAAUGGAAGUCAGUGCUGAUCCUUUAACAAUAUCUGAUAUAUUUUCUAUUAUUAAAAAAUGAUCUCUGUGAUUUAUUUGUAUAUUUAAGUGGCUUAAUAUUUGUCCCUUAAUAUAGAUCUGCAUUAUACAUUCUGUAUUGUGAGUGAACUAAACUGUGUUUUUUGACAGAUACAGCACUUUGGAUCUGGCCACCAGGAAUGGAAUGGAAAUUAUGGGCACAGGAGGCAGCAGCCAUACUUGACACCCACUGUUGCCAGUCAUCCUUUCACCCUUCCUCAUGGAAGUCCAAAUCAUAGUGCAGUCCAUGCACAUCUGGCUGGAAGCGCACACCUCGGAGGACAGCCUGCCAUUCUCUCAUACCCACCAUCAGCACAGCUGACCACUGCUGGUCCCGUAGCCCACCUUCUUGCCUCUCCUUGUACCUCAAGGCCUAUUUUACAGCAUCCGACCUACAAUCUGUCUCAUCACAGUGGCAUUGUUCACCAGGUUGCAGUUGGCAUAAAUCCUCGUCUCUUACCUUCCCCUACCAUGCAUCAGACUCAGUACAAGCCAAUUUUCACCUCCCACUCAUACAUUGCAGCAUCUCCUGCUUACACCGGAUUUCCAAUGAGUCCGACAAAACUCAACCAGUAUACAUUCAUGUGAGAACCGGAGGUCGCGUAGUGGAAGCUCAAAGAUUCAAACACAUAGUUUGGAGAAGAAGAAGAAGAAAAAAACUAUUUUAAGAGAACAUGGCUUUUAAUAAGUAUUUGCCAUGGCACAGGAAAAAAUCAAAUAUUUUUUUGAAUCAUGUAGACUUGGGUGCAAUUUAAUCAAUCUUGAGCUUUAAAAGAAAAAAAAAAUCACUUUUAAUGUGUUUUGCACAUUUGGUAUAAAUUGUCUUUCGUCCUGUUUUCUUCUUCUAUAGUAACUCUAGACAGGUGACUUACAGGAGCAGAAUUCCAAUCAAUCUCCUGCUAUUUUUUAUACAAUUGCCUUCUAACUUUAGUGCAAGACACGUCUACAUUUGGGAAGCCAUUCAGUGUACAGGUUUAGAGCAACAAAUGCACACAAUGUCAGCAGUACAGUGUAUCAGUAAUGCGUUUGUAUUCUUAUGUCUCGAUGUGUCAGUGUUGGAUCACUUAGCUAUGAAGAUGUUCUUCACAUUGCAUGUGUCUUUUGCAUGGGCAGAAGAAAAAAAAAACGUUGCCUAGACCGCGCUCUUCAAUGUUGUCGUCCUAAUAAUCUCAGCUGCAUUGUAAACUGUUCCCACACAUAGUGCCUUAACUAUUUGAGGUUGUUAAUGUUACUACUUAAUAUAUUAAUGUCGAGUUCAGCACUUAAUCUUCAGAUCUGCUGAUUAUAUAAAUAUCUAUUUUGGAUAACUUGAGUAAUGCUCAGUUAGAUUUUUAUUUUUUUUCGUGUGGUAUGAUUUAAUAUUUUUGGUUUGGUUCCGGGUGUUACCAAUAGAACAGCAUGUUUUUGCUGUAGAGUAAACUUACUGUCUGUUUUUUAAAGAAUGAACUAGUUCUAGCAAGCGUUGAAUAGCCUUGAUGCGCUUUGGUUUUAUUUUAAUUUUUUGUUGUUGUAGCACAGGAACAAUGCUGGCUGCACGUUCAGUAAUCUUACGGUGACCAGAAAUGCAAUAUAGUCCAAAUGUGGAUUUUUUUUUUUUUUUUUUCCUAUUUCUUUUUGGUGUGUGUUUGUCUCAUUGGAUGGAUCAUUAUAUCUACUAGAGUAGGUGGCAUGAUUUUGGUUAGGUUAUGGGAGACGACCUUUGAACUCAUGUUUUGACAGAUACGUCCACAUGUUGCUGUGCAAUGUUUUGCAGACCGUUCCAGCACUGUCGAGGUUAACAUAACUGCAGCUCGGGCAAACCAUGCAGUAUUUGAUGAAUUGCAUCAGAUAUUUACUCUAAAAGCUUGACAAGAUGUGAGGUUUUAUUUUCUCUGUGUGCAAUUUUCUUUUUCAUUUUAUGCAUGUGUCAGUUUUUAAAGCCUCCUUACAUUAUAUUUUGUGUUUUUACUUUGUGGGGUGGUGACUGCUUAUUUAAUACAUUCCGUCAGGGACAUGAAAAUUAUGUGCAUAUUUCAAUUAUUUUUUUUUUCCUUCAAUUUGUAGAUUGUGUAUCAUCUAUACCAAGUUGCUUUUAGCAGCACCAAAGACUUUGAAAUUAUCCAUUUCUAGUAAUGAAAUUCAAAGGUAGCUACUUAUUGCAUAGACCUAAUUUAUACUGUAGUAUAGUGGUAGGCUUUAAGGAGAGGGAAAAAAAAAGGUAUUAAUUCUUUGGGUGCUGGCUUGAGGGUUACGCAAUGCCUCGUACCUCCCUCUGUCACACAGAGUGUUUAAAACUAAUGUGGUUGUAGCUUUGGGCAAGUAAUAAACCUAUCAUUUAUCUUGAAUGUAUCAUAGAUAAGCUGCUAUAUAUAACGGACGCCACUUUGGAUAGCUGUGAAGUUAGCUUCAUAUCUAGAUUUUUCAUAGCCGUCUUACUUCUGUUUUAAGUCUAAUUAUAUGAACGUUUAGUGUUUUUUUUCUGAUUUUAUUUUUUAUUUUACUUUUACUGUUUGGCGUGUCAUUGUAACUGCUGUAUUGUAAAUUAUGGAUUCUAAUUGCAUAUAUUAUUUUCUGGGUGUGUGUUCCUUGCAUCAGUAUUUUAUCUCCAUAAAUUUUGAGCUCCUUACUGCAUAUAAGUGUAUUAAUGUAAGUUAAUUUUUUUAAAUGUUUUUCAUAUUCUUGUUGUGUAAACCUUUAAAGGAACUGCAGGCUUGAUUUUUAUGUUAAAUUGUAUUCUUCUAAUCUGGAAUAAGCAAUGUUGGAAAUUACAUUUCAGUUUGAGUUCCAGCUUUUACUUCCUGUGACCCACUAAAGGAAAACUUUGCCCUCACAAAAAUAAGUUCAUUCUACUUGCACUGCGUUAUUAAAAGGUUUAAUAUGUCGUCUGCUUUGAUUUGCACAGUUGCAAACUUUUGUUAAAUUGUUAAAUGAAGUUAGACGGGGUUGGCCAUUUUGCUUCAUCGCAUACAGCUAAACUAGUUUUUGUGAUGGCAUCCCAAGCCUAGACAAACCAAAUAUUUUUUGUGAUAACAUAAUUUGUAAAAUACUUUAUAUUUACUAGUCUUUAUCUGACAAGAGCAGUGACUACAAGCCACUUAUUUUUGGGGUAUAAUUUUCCUUUAACACCACUAUACACAGCACUUGCCUAGCUGUCAAUACUCUGUCAUUGUUUCACUACUCUGGGGCGGGCUGGAAGCUGAAUGCUCAAGCACCAUUUGAUGUUAACACAAGCAGUGUUUUAUUUAAUGAAUGUUUAAACUAAUAUGUGCCUAUAUCAAAUUUUAUACAAAUAGAUAAAAAUGUAAGAAAAAUACAGUAUUAUAUGUUGAAAUAUAAAAAACAAACCAGUGAAACAUUUUUUGAUUGAUCACUGGGAAUCCGUUUUUCUGCAAAAGUAAAUGUUUUACUAAUCCUCACUAUGCAUUACGUACAGCGUUGUCUGGUCCCGUGAGUAUGGGGAUAACAAAAAAAGAAAGAUGUUGAACUUUGUGUUGUAAUAUUUUGCUGUCCAGAUAUUGCAAGCAGUGUUGCCAAUUUGAUACUGUGUCAACAUGCUAUUUUGUAACUUGCCCUAAGUACAGUCUGCUUUAAGAUUGCAUCAGACUCUUUUAGAACAUCACAGCUACUGCGUUACUUUGAAUGCUAGAAGACUCCUUAUAGGCAGAUUUGCAUUCGUAUUAUCAGUGCUGUAAGUAUUCUUAGAAAAAAUGCUAUCGCACCCAGUAAGCUAACUGGAGUUGUCUGCUUGUGAUGCUCAACAGUACAUGUGGUAAAUUCUCCAGUGGCUACAUGUAGUAUUCGGUAUAUUGAUUGUUGAGGUAUGAGUGGUAAAAUAUCCAUUGACUUCUGUUUGCAACGCGGUAUAUUGAUCCCCGGGGCUGUGUGCUUGUUACGCUCCAGUCCCUUUCCAAAGAGGAGCCAGUUUCUUGUUCCAUUUGAUUAGAUUUUGGUGCUGAAUAGAAAUAUUGGUUAGGUUUUACCCAUGGAUUUUAUGGCUUUCUUUCCAAGACCAGAUCCACACAAGGCAGGAUGCCCUAUUUACAGCCUGCUUUAAAGCAACACAAACAUAUAUUCCUGACACUGCAGUGUUAAAAUAACUAUUUAGGUGUUGCCAUCUCCCAUCCCCCAACCCCUCCCUCUCCUUUGUGGUGUUUAAACUCACCUUUUUCCCUCUGCCUUUAAGGCUGAGAUCAUCAAACUUGAUGAUCUAGGCCAAUUCUAUGCCAUCCUAUGGGAAAGCAUUGGGAGGCUACUGCACACGCACGGCAAAAUUACACACUGUGCCAAUCUGCAUCUUCUCAUAGAGAUGCAUUGAAUUAAUGCAUCUCUGUGGGGCAUGUUCAGCACCUCCAUGGAGUGUGCUGAAAAGGCUGUGUUUACAUUGAAAAGCCUGCAGGGAUAGGCUAAAGACACCAGAACAACUACAUUAAGCUGUAGUGGUUUUUGUGACUAUAGUGUCCCUUUAAGAUUGCAUCCCACUGGAGAAACAUUUGGACUGGCGGAGGUCAUCGAGACAGAUGAUCUCUGCCAGGGAGGCAGAGCAGCAGCACGGAGACCAGAGUGCAGAGGGAGAUAAGAUAAGUAAAUCUUACCUUGGGGGACACGGCUACAUUGGGGAUACCUACAUAGGUAGGAAAACACUCUAGCAUUGGGAAUAAAUAAUUGUAUUACUAAUGCUAGAGCAUUCUUUUAAAGAUAGAAAAAGACAUGUGUGGUACUGCAUGUGCAGUAUGGAUUGUUAUUAUUUAACCGCAAUCUCCAAUAUAUUAAAAUAUAUGAAUAAAUUAAUUACAAACUCAUUAAGAUUGGUUAAAUUUUAUUUUCUCACUGAUCUAUUUUUGUAACUAUGAAUAUUUUGAUUGCUUUAACACAAUCAAGCCUAUAUACACUCACAUUAACUCUUUUGAGCAGAUUGCAAAAUGCAUCCUACAAAUAUAUAUAUAUACACCAUGAAGCAGCCUAAAGCCCUCCUGUAUGGUAAUAUGAAGAAUAAUUCAACUCUAUAAAAUAGUAGAACAAUGGAGGAAAAUAAAUAGAACUAUAAAAUAAAAUUCCCCCUUUUAAAGCUUUUAUCUCUAAGUAUUUGCAGGAUUUCUGCAUAGCUGGGUUUACCAGAAAUAUACUCACCUCAAGUCAGUCUCAAAUAUCCCAAAACAUGUUUUGCCCACUAUAUGCUUCAGACGAUUUUGUAUGCAGUUUCUUGCAGCAGAUUACCUAAAUAACACAGCAUUUAUAGAAGGCUUGUAUGUAUAAUUCCCAUUCCAUGAUCUGUAAAAUAUAAUCACUUCCUUCACUCUUUGUUACAAACUCCCAACACCUUAUAUAACACUGGCUCUGGAAGCACAAAAAUGUAAUAUGCUAAUGCACAAAAUCCAAAGCACAAUUUAGAAUAUGCCACAUAGUAUAAAAAACAAAAAGACUUGGUAUCGAUCACUAUGCUUGUAUAAACAUUUCAAAAAAAUCUGUAGGGGCCGAUUCAUCUAAAUUACUUAAAGGACCACUAUAGUGCCAGGAAAACAUACUCCCGCCGGCUCUGGGGAGAGGAAAAGGUUAAAACUUAACUUUUUUCCAGCGCCGGGCGGGGAGCUCUCCUCCUCCUCUCUGCCUCCGAUCCUCCCUUCCGGCUGAAUGCGCACGAGCGGCAAGAGCUGCGUGCGCAUUCAGCCGGUCUCAUAGGAAAGCAUUUACAAUGCUUUCCUAUGGACGCUUGCGUGUUUUCACUGUGAUUUUCAUUGGAGGCUGCAUUAACCCUAUUAUAAACAUAGUUUCUGAAACUGCUAUGUUUAUAAAAAAAAAAGGUAAAUCCUAGAGGGACCUGGCACCCAGACCACUUCAUUAAGCUGAAGUGGUCUGGGUGCCUAGAGUGGUCCUUUAAAAUCUCAGCAUUGGUAUAUGCAAACAAGAACAAAAAAAACUCAUGCAUAUUAGUAACGCAGUAGGACUCAAAAUUAAAGACCAAAAAGUGUGUAUGAUUAAGCCAAACAUUUGCUUAACACCAGUUUCAGAAACAACCGCCCCCCACUCACCCAUUUAAUAUCGUAAAUACCGUACCACCAUCAGAGUUGGGUGUGUUCUAGUUUUGUGUAUCACAGUCGUCGUCCCCUCCCCAGGUCAACACACACCUGGUGCAGCCUGCUUUAAGCAUGCAUUAGACUAUGUAAGAACAUCCGAGCUGCUGCAUUACUUUGAAUGCGAUAAGACACAUAAAGGCAGAUUUAUGUUUGUAUUAUUAGUGCUGUUUUUUUAAACUGAACCCAUUUCUACGUUUUUGGAACUAAACCGAGUCCUUUGUCCACCAUCUGUUUUUUUAUUCUUUUAUUUAGCAACAGAGGAUCAAUGGAAAUACUAAACUUCUACAACCAUUGAAAUACUCGAGAUUGACCGAUCUCUGCACAAAAGCAAACAUUUGCAAAAACAAAAAAAAUUGCUAAAUGCUUUAGCAAUAUUUGCUGAUUUGAGUUAACCUGUGUUGAAAUCAGAGUAUGUGCUUUUACUGUAUGUUUCCUGUUCUAAUAAUAAAAAACAAAACAAAGAAUUGGCCCAGUGAGAUUGAGAGGGUAUCAUCUUUGUUUAGCAAUUUUGCAUUGCAUUGUAGCAUUCACAGUUCUGUAGUUUAAGGGGUCGAACAUUUUUUUUUUUUUUUUUUUCUAUUUUACAUUUUAACUGUUUUUAGCAAACCAGAACCCCGGCAUUUAUCUACUUUCAGUAAUGAGGAAAGUCUUUAUUGUGACUUUAAAUGAAACACAAAGCUUAGUAUUACGGGUGCUGCCUGGUUAGAGCCAGUGUUUAGGCUGCGUUCUAUAAUUCCAGCUUGAGGGCAUGCCUAGCAGUCUAGUAUUAGUAUAUUCGGAAUCUACAACUGCUAACAAAUAGCAGGUGUUGGUUUUCAUUGGAAAUUUGAGAUGGUCACAAAAAUGUCUACUGCAGAAAGUAAUUUUUAUUAUUUUUCUCUUCACAAGAAUCUUUUGGGGAACUACAAACUAACUUAUAAGACAGGAUAAGAGGGCACACAUUUGGUUUUUGAUUGCAUGUAAGAGAGACAUGUUCUGUGUAAUAUAACCCUGUUGGAUAACAGGAAGCAUAAUGAAAUCUCCAUCUUUUUCUUUGCUACAUGAUGACAAUUGUACUUCAUAAAACAAAAAUAAAUCAUGAUCUUUAACCCAUCGCAAGAAUCUGGCACCAUUUUGCACUGCUGUACGGGUAUGCGCAUACAGAGCUUGAUGGCAUCAGGGUCACCAAGUUGUCUUCAAAAGCUCUUUUUAGUUUGUAAGCUCACCAGACCAGGGGACAAACCACCUGUUCUAUAUGUCAAAAGUGCCCUAUUGCAGUUACCGGUUUGUUUCACUUAGCCAUUGUACUGCGCUGCUGAAUAUGUUGGCUCUUUAUAUUAAAUAAUGGACUUUUAGGGAAGCGACAGCACUCCCGUAGUAGAUAGUAAGAGGACCUGGCUUGGCUCCAAGCUUACCCACUUACUUGCUAUUGCAGGAUUUCUGCAGACAACGUGGAUUUCCAGGUCCUUGCUGCAACCCAGGGGAGUUCAAAUGGGAACAUAUUUAUUAUUAAUUUAUUUUUUUUACAUUAUGUAUUAAGCGUGGCGUGUCCCUUUAAGAACACACAAAGAUGCGCCUUUUGGGAGCACUUGUUUUAUAAAUUUGUUUAACCACCAGUGGCCUAAUUCAUUCUGCUGUUACUGUCAUUACAUUUUCAAUUGAGGUAUUUGAGGCACAGUGAGGACUAAGUUGGUAUUUUCUAAACUAAUGAUUUCAGAGAACACUGCAAGCAACGUACUAUCUUGGUUGUGCAGCCAGGAAUGUUUUGAAGCUUUCCUAUAGUAAAAUAUCAAACUGUUAUAGCACAGUUUGAGAAUGUACUUGGUUCUUGCUGGGUCCGCUCACACUGCACCACCAAUCCAUCAGGAGAAUUCGGAUUGCUCAAUAGAGCAAGACAAGACCAUUCAAGAUUGCGCUCACUGUAUGAAAACAUUAACUUUGUGCACUCAGCCAAUGAGCACGGUCUUGCAUGAGUUGUGCUUUACUCUACAGAACUAUCCGCCUCUCCUGCUUGAGUAGACCAGAUAUAGCUGGUAAGAUGUAGGUUCUCAGCGGGACCCAUGUAUGUUAAUUGCCAAUAUGGUUUGACAUAUUGCUGUGGCGUGGCAUGAGUGCUCACACUGACUUAGUGUUCCCUUGAGGAAUUUUGUCAUGGACAUACCUCAAAUCCAGUUUCAGUACUGGGGUCACAGGCCUGUCUGUCAUUCUUGUGCCUCACCCAGUAUUCUCUUUGGUCUAUCUAUAAAGUAUCCAUUUCUGGACAUAUCUGGAGAAGCUAGCAAAUACACAGGAUUUCCUUCUGGAUGGUAACACUUCCAGCUUUAAAUCUAUACAUUUGCUAGUCCUCCAUCUUGUUCAAUGUAUAAAAGAAAUGAUUUGCAGUUUUAUAGUAGACUCUCACUGCAUCCAUAGUAUCUUUAAUCUAAAUAAGCCUCUUACUGUCUGUUAAAUCUUGGUAGAAGUUGGCACCAUUUUAUUAUUUUUAAAAGGGGUAGACCAACUUUUUCAAUGGUCUGAUUUGCACUGAUUUGGAAUAAGGAUGAGACAGACUCGGCUGAUCCUUUCUUUUCCCCUUGUGAUUAUCGUCAUUUAUAUUGCGCCAACAGAUUCCGUAGCGCUUUGUAGCAUCUGUAAUGGUGAAUCUGCCCAGUAAAACAUAGAGGGUCGCAAAAAACACUAUUUGAGUUACCGCUGUACUUUGUCAUUUUUAUACUCACUUUAGCGAUCUCGUCUCAGAAUGUGUUAAGUGUGAGGUCAGUGUCAUUAUAAAUUAAAAGAGAUAGCAGCCAAAAUAAACCUGUAGCCUCACCCCAUCCCAAAUACAUUUUGGUUGUUUUUUUAAAGUCCAGGCCCUCAAUAUGCCCCUUUGACAGCAAUGACCCAUGUACACAGUGUUGCUACCAGUCCUUAUUGACUCUCCAUUCAUAUUUUUUUCAAUAUUCCAAUAUUUUAGCAUAUAUGAGUAAUCGAUAAAUUAUGAAAUGCUGGUAGAAUCGGAGGACUGAGUGACCAUUUGUCACCUGGUCCAAAUCGCUUUUAUAAUAUAGGCUGAUAGAUGCCAUGAUAACUGGGCCUGUUUGUAUACGUUUGAUUUUUUUUUGUCUUACUGUAAAUUAAACUGCGUAUCCCAUCACGCUACAUCUCCAAACUUUAUAAUCACAUACUGAAUAUAGCAUUUGUUUGGCAUGUAUCUAUAUGCUGCGUUGCAUUUCUCUACUAGUAAGCAAGCCAUAUACUUACAUUCGUAUACCAGUGAACAUCUUAAUAGUAUGAAAUACAUUUUUGCGAUAGAAGUGUGUAAUGUAGUUAUUGAAUAAAACCAGGUUAUCUCAGCUCUGUUUUGAUUGGUAUGCAGGAAGGAGAAGCUAGUUGUUAUGCUUGUCGAACAAGAGUUUUCAAAACUACAUCUCCCAUGAUGCUCAACCAACUCGAUGGUGAUUGAUCAUUAUGGUAAAUGGAGUUCUAAAACCUCUGUUUUUAAGACUAGCCACCCCUCCAGUAUGCGAUUUCAUCCAUGGGCUCUAUUAGCCCUUACUUCUAUUUUGUUUUUAAAUAAAACACUGCAUGCCUGCACAAAUAGCCACAUCUGCUAAAUUCCUAUAUGUUUUUCCUUAUUUUCUGCAAUCAUUGUAUUUUAACUCUUUCAGGCUGUUAAGUAUGCUACUGUAAAAACUGAUUUGAACCGGGGGUUUGUAAUAAACUACUUUUUUGCGAAUUGUGAUUUGGGCUUGCACCAAAGUAAAAGUGAACUCAUACUGCAAGUUUUGUAGGACUGUUUGUUUAGAAAUCCAGCUUUUGUUUAAUUUGAAUUGUUACUGUUUUUAACAAAUUGUAGAUUUGUGGCUUUCAUUUAUGUUUUAUUAAUUUGUUUUAAAAAUACUUUUUUUUGGAUUUUGGCUUUUGAUUUUUAUGCUACACUAGUUUUGCCAUGUAGCAAUUGCACUGUGCAAUAUUCUAAUACGAGGACUGGGAAACAUUUUUAUGGUUGUAUGUCUUGUUACAUUUUGCGAUAGUAUUUCUCUCUAGUUCUCAGUGAUUUUAAAUGUGACCAAGGCUUCUGUACUUUGUCACAAAAAGCGGGUUUUCCAGGUAACUAUUUUGGUGAGUGUCAAAAAUAUGAAUUUAUGGUGUAUUAUUGUCUAAAUUCACUUUGAAUUAAAAUAUAUAUUGCAGCAUAUCCUGUCUCGUGUUCACUUAUUUAUUGGAAUUCACUAUUAUUUUGUUACAGUAAUGAAUAUCAUUACUUAAAGGGACACUGUAGUCACCAAAACAACUUUAGCUUAAAGGACCACUAUAGUGCCCUGAGGGUACCCCCACCCUCAGGGUCCCCCUCCCGCUGGGCUGGAUGGAGAGGAAGGGAUUAAAACUUACCUUUUUUCCAGCGCUGGGCGGGGAGCUCUCCUUCUCCUCUUCGGCUGAAUUUGCAUGCGCGGCAGGAGCUGCGCGCGCAUUCAGCCAGUCUCAUAGGAAAGCAUUUACGAUGCUUUCCUGUGGAAGCUGGCGUCUUCUCACUGUGUUUUUCAAUGAGACAGCCACUAGAGGCUUUAGAGGCUGGAUUAACCCAUUUAUAAACAUAGCAGUUUCCGAGUGACAGCAACCGACUAGAGACAUUUAACCUAUUGAGGACGGAGAGAAUCGUACACAUUCUGAUCAAAACAAAACCUGGGAUUUGACUCUGUCUAUCAUAAUUUACCUCUUUCAUAUUAAGUGUAUCCCAUAUAAUUUUGUUCUGGAGAAACACUGCUUUCAUUUAACAUCUCUGAAACUGCUAUGUUUAUAGAAGAAAGGGUUAAUCCUAGAGGGACCUGGCACCCAGACCACUUCAUUAAGCUGAAGUGGUCUGGGUACCUAGAGUGGUCCUUUAAUUAAGCAGUUUGGGUGUAUAAAUCAUUCCCAAUGCAGUUUCACUGCUCAAUUCUCUGACAUUUAGAAGUUAAAUCACUUUUUUUUUGUUUACAUGCAGCCCUAGUUACACGUCCCCUGACUGUGACUGGCACAGCCUGCAUGAAAACAAAAUGGUUUCAUUUUCAAUCAGAUGUAACUUAUUUUAUUAGUUUUUAACUCCUGCUCUGUAAAUUGAACUUUAAUUACAUACAGGAGGAACCUGCAGGGUCUAACAAGCUAUUGGAAGAACAGAAGAUAAAUUCUACAUUAAACAUAAUAUGCAACAAAGGAAGUGUAAACAUUAGAUGCUUCUUUACAGGAAGUGUUUAGGAAGGCUGUGUAAGUCACAUGCAGGGAGGUGGGCAUAUGGCUGCUUAACCCCUUAAGGACACAUGACGUGUGACAUGUCAUGAUUCCCUUUUAUUCCAGAAGUUUGGUCCUUAAGGGGUUAAAGUGAUUUAACUCCUAAAUGGCGGAGAAUUGAGGGGCACGAUAUAUACACCAAAACAGCUUCAUUAAGCUAAAGUUGUUUUGGUGAUUAUAGUGUCCCGUUAAGGGAGAAUGAUAUAGUAAACAUUUUUCUCACACAGAACAUUUUGAAUGUUUGAGCAUUUGUAAAAUGCUUCCCCCCCCGGACUGAUUGUGGCAUUUCUGUACUGUGCAUUAAUUGCAACUUAUUUGAAGCAUAAAAUAUAUCACGUUCUAAUAUUUUUCUGACUGUUGCAAUUAAAGUAAAUUCUCUAAAAUAUGCUUUGAUUAGUCCUGAAGCAAUCUUUGGCUCAAUUAUUCUUACCGUGAAGCUGUUAUACACUCACACACAGAGAUUUGGGCCCAAAAUUGGGACUGUCCUUCCUAAAUAAGGACACUUUGGAGGUAUGAUAAUGUGUCUUUAAACUACAAUAUUGGAUAUCAGUCUGUGUAAAUAAGAUGCUUUGUUUUUGCUCUAAAUUACAUUUUAGGAAGCACCUCUGUCUAUCCGAGUGACAGCGACCGACUAGAGACAUUUAACCUAUUGAGGACGGAGAGAAUCGUACACAUUCUGAUCAAAACAAAACCUGGGAUUUGACAAUGUCUGUUCUAUCAUAAUUUACCUCUUUCAUAUUAAGUGUUCCCCAUAUCAUUUUGUUCUGGAGAAACACUGCUUUCAUUUAACUUCAAAUAUGUAUAUAUGAAAC